GCAAAAAACAAGUCGUCCUUAAAUACUGGGUAAGUCUAUUAAACAGUGAAAUAGCAUUUUUUACCCUGUAUAUUAUUUUUUAUCACUGCUAUAAUGUGCAGUAUAAUAAACUAUUUAUAAGUGUUGUGCCAACUGUUUAUUAAAAGCCAGUGGUCUAGUGAGCUAUAGAAUAUUUAUUUUUAUUAAAAAAAUAUAUAUAUUUAAAAGCUUUGACCUCAAUCUGCAAAGCAACAUGUUAUGGUUAUGGUGUCCACUGCAAUCUGCUGUCUUUACGUAUAAGAUAAAUACAUUUCUGAAUAUGUUCAAUAAUUAUGGCAAUAAUCAAGGCAAACAAAAUUAUGCUAAACCUGCCUGUUGUAAAAGGAUUCUGUAAAGUACAUGCCAUAAGUACUUGUACUUGAAUCUGUUAAACAAAUUGUUUUCUUUUCUUUUUUUUACAUUCAUUUACUUUUAAAGAUACCUACAUAUUUAUUUUAAUAUCCAUUAUAUGUAUUUAAGGCAUAUAUUAUCUGUAAACUAAGAUUAUAUACAACAAUGCAUGUUCUGGGUGUUCCCAUGAUUUCUUUUCUAUCAUUUUUUUUUUCUUUCUUUAUGUCUGGAAUCAGAUUUCUUUUGGGAUGAGCACCCCUCUCAGCCCACCAGUUUCAGAGGCCCCUUUGGAGGUGACCACAGAAAAAUAAAGAUUCUAUAAAAUAGAUGUGAGAGGGCUUUGGACAAUAAUGUCACUUUAAUUAUACUUUUCAUAUAGCAGAUAUGUGAUAUGCAAUAUGAUUUUAUAUAUCAGAACAUUAUCACUUUAAUUUCAUUUAAUUGUUAUGCAUUAUUAUUUCCUUCUACUUGUUCAAAUUGUAAUGUCUGUUUAGAAUAUUGAAGGCUUUGCAAUAUCACAUUAAUUUUGCAUUAUAUAUAUUUACAAUGCUCUUAAAACAUAUUAUUUUUAAUUAUUUUAUAAAUAUUUAUUUUUGCAGAGCAUUUAGAGAAGCAAAUGAUGUAUAACAACCUGUUUCCCUUCUGUUAUAUUAUUUGAUUUUAACAGAUUUUUAGGGGGGGAGUAUAAUUUCAACUCUGUUUAAGUAAAAAUAUAAGAUAAUUAGCAUAAUUAAUUGUGUACUGCAUUGUACUGCAAUGGAUGUUUUUAAAAACCAUGUCUUUCUCUUUAUGGCUGUAUGUAAUAAAGUUGUUCUUAAUAUGGAAUAUAAAAAAAAGACUUCUCAAUUCCUUGGAAUUAUUUGUUUCUAACUCUGCGACUUUGUCUGAAAAUCCCAGACGCCAAAAAUAGUUACUGUAUAUACUCGAGUAUAAGUCGACCCGAAUAUGAGUCGAGAUCCCUAAUUUUACCCCCAAAAAAUGGGAAAACUUAUUGACUCAAGUAUAAGACUAUGGUGAGAAAUGCAGCAGCUACUGGUAAAUUUCUAAAUAAAAUUAGAUCCCCCAAAAAUUAUAAUAAUUGAAUAUUUAUUUAGAGUGUGUGUAUAUAAUGAAUGCAGUGUGUGUGUGUGUAUGAAUGCAGUGUGUGUGUAUGAAUGCAGUGUGUGUGUGUGUAUGAAUGCAGUGUGUUUGUGUGUGAGUGCAGUGUGUGUGUAUAUGAGUGCAGAGUAUGUGUGUGUAUGAAUGCAGUGUGUGUGUGUAUGAAUGCAGUGUGUGUGUAUGAAUGCAGUGUGUGUGUAUGAGUGCAGUGUGUGUAUGUGAUGCAGAGUGUGUUUGUGUAUGUGAUGCAGAGCCUUGGUGGGGGGGGGGGGCAUUUUUAUUUUUAUUUUUAAUUAUUAUUAUUUUAAUAUUUUUAUUUUAUUGUAUUAUUAUUUAAAUGUUUAUUUAUAUUUUUUUGUUCCCCCUCCCUGCUUGAUACAUGGCAGGGAGGGGGGCUCUCACUCCCUGGUGGUCUAGUGGCAUGGGCUGUGUAGGAGGGGGGCUGGCAGAGAGCUGUAACUUACCUUUCCUGCAGCUCCCUUCUCUCGCCUCUGUUCUGAUCAGCUCCCCUGUCAGAUCCCACUGCAAGUCUCGCGGUGUGAGUGCUGCACGGAGCGUAACCUGUGGCAACGCUCUGACCCCACGACUCUCGCGAGACUUGCAUUGGAGCUGACAGGGGAGCUGACUGGAACGGAGGAGAGAGAAGGGAGCUGACAGGAGCUGCAGGAAAGUUACAGCUCUCUGUGCCGAAAAACUCAUCUUAUACUCGAGUAAAUACGGUAUGCUGUUAUAAUUAGUGAUGUCCCGAACGGUUCGCCGCAGACAGCGAACAUAUGCGCUGUUCGGUCCGCCCCUAUGUCAUCAUUGAGUAAACUUUGACCCUGUACCUCACAGUCAGCAGACACAUUCCAGCCAAUCAGCAGCAGACCCUCUCUCCCAGACCCUCCCACCUCCUGGACAGCUCACUAAGGAUGCAGCUUCAAAAUGGAUGCUGUCCAGGAGGUGGGAGGGUCUGGGAGGGAGGGUCUGCUGCUGAUUGGCUGGAAUGUGUCUGCUGACUGUGAGGUACAGGGUCAAAGUUUACUCAAUGAUGACAUAGGGGCGGACCGAACAGCGCAUAUGUUCGCCAUCCGUGACAAACCGUUCGGCGAACCUUUCGGGACAUCACUAGUUAUAAUUCCUGAUUUUUUAAUCAACAGCAAGUGUAACUGACAAUAUGGAAAUUAUCACUGUUUUAUAAAACUUUUCAGAUAUAAUGCAUAUUACAAUCUAGAAGGCAGUAAUGCAAUAAUUAGAAAUUAUUUUAUAGUUAAAGCUUCCAAGUACAAGCCCCAUGUUGGGCGUCAAUUGUACCCGCGGCUGGUUCCGUUAUUUACCACUAUAAAGUCUUAAAGCAUAGAACUUAGCAGGGCUAACCAUACAGAUAUCUUAAUAUAUAUCUAUAUAUCUAUAAUUUUAUAUAUUCCGUAAGAGAUCCUCUAUAUUAAAAUAUAUAAAUAAUUGAGAAUACAAUAUAAAAUAAGGAUUGUCUUGGAAGCAAUAAAGUUUUGUCUUUUAGAUAUUUUAUUAAAUAAAAAUAUAAAUAGACAUAUAAAAUCCAUUACAAUAAUUUAUAGCAGAGUUUAUAAGAUUAAACUUUAUGCUUGCAAAUAACAUUAAUAGAAUUACAUACCCUCCUGAACAUGUCAUCAUGUCAGCCUCUCUGUCAUUUUAAGAUGGAGCAGCGUCUGUCUCCAAAUCUCUCCUCUCUGUGUUAACAUUUAAAAGGUACACAUAUUUAAACUUUUUUUUCAUUUAGGGUUACCGCAGUUCAUAUAUGAAAAAGUCAAACCACUUUUACUUGUUUAUUUUAGGACCUCCCUUAACUUGGAAAUUCUCUGACUUAGGACAAGAUGGUGUUUUAAAGUCUGAUCACCUUAUCUAUUGUUUAUUUGUCAUGACCUAGACAUCAUAUUUAUUGUUUAUACUAAAUUUCCAUUAUCCCAGGACAAAAUUGUAUAAAUCAGGAUGACAUAGCAUAGCCUUGAAGAUAUUAUUGCAUUACUUGUUUUGUAUGAAGCUAAGACAAAUUGGCAUAAAUAUAUUAUGCACUGAAAGAGUAGUGUAUGCGAGAUUGACAGACUUCCUCGAGUCCAACUCUCUGCUAGACCCGCUUCAGUCUGGUUUCCGCGCUAAGCACAUACUGCCUCCCUUGGUAAACUAAUUAGCUCCUUUGGCUUCCAAUAUCAUUUCUAUGCGGAUGGCACUCAAAUCUGUCUGUCCUCUCCUGAUCUCCCCCCAUCCCUCUUGACUAGUGUCUCUGACUGCCUCUCUGCUAAUUCAAAAUGGAUGGCUGCCCACUUCCUUAAACUCAACUUGACCAAAACUAAAAUUCUGGUCUUUCCUCCCUCAAGUGUUGCUACUCCUGUGUCUGUCUCCUUCCAAAUCAGCAGUGCUACCAUCAGCUCCACCAUGCAGGCUCACUGCCUAGGUGUUUUCUUUGACUCCGACCUCUCCUUCACACCUCAUGUUCAGCCUAUUGCCAUAUCCUGCCGCUUCCAUCUCAAAAAUAUUGCGCACAUCCAACCCUACUUUAUGCCCGAUGCAGCUAAGGUGCUGGUCUAUACCACUAUCCUUUCUCACCAAGACUACUGUAAUCCGCUUCUCAGUAGUCUUACGUGCUCCCAACUUGCGCCGUUACAGCCCAUAAUGAAUGCGGCGGCGAGGCUCAUCUUCCCCUCCGCCCGCACCUCCCACGCCUCACCCUUCUGUCAGUCCCUACAUUGGCUUCCUGUAAGAUACAGGGCUCAAUUUAAAUUCUGGUUCUUGCUUUCAAAUCUCUACAAAAUGCUGCUCGCACCUAUAUAUCCUCCCUAAUACACAAGUAGGUCCCGUCUACGCCCUCACGCUCUGCUGAAGACUUACGUCUAUCUUCUGUACGUACUCCCACCUCUAAUGCUCGCCUUCAAGACUUCUCGAGGGCUGCACCAUUCCUGUGGAACUCACUUCCCUCCUCCGUUAGAUGCUCACCCAGUCUCCACUCCUUCAAAAAAAUAAUUAAAAACCCACUUCUUCAUAAAAGUUUAUCAAUUAAACUGUUAAUAGCUCACAACUGAUUCCUCUUUUGCAACUGUCAUUAGUCUAAUACUAUCCUUACCUUUUUGUGUCAUUUUACCCCACUCCCUCUAGCAUGUAAGCUCAUUGAGCAGGGCCUUCAACCCCUCUGUUCCUAUGUGUCCAACUUGUCUGGUUACAACUACAUGUUUGUUCGUCCACCCAUUGUAAAGCGCUGCGGAAUUUGACGGCGCUCUAUAAAUAAUAACAUAGUAAAGUAAGUAAGAGGAUAUUGCUUAUAAAAACAUAUAUGGAAAAACAAUAUGUUCCAUUUCUAACACCUUUUCAGUUUGCAAUAUCUCUUAUAGACAAAGUACACGGUUUAAGAAAUACAACAUCUCAUUCUAAAACUUGUAAUAUUUGCAUUUAUUAAAUCAGGCUCACUGCCAUGGUUACUCACAAAAGUGAAAAUUGUCAUGAAUUCAAAGUGAAUUUCACAUUUAAGCCCAAAGUAGCUGAACAGGAAGCAUAAUUGUGCUGGAUAAUUUUUCCCAUCUGACUAUUUUGGUCUUACAUUUAAAUUUCCCUCUGAAUUAAUUGUGAAUUCCCAACAAUUCUUAAUUUAUAGUGAAUAACCCAGUAAGCUCAGAAUGUAGUGAACUGAAAUCAAAAUAAUAAGGCUAAAAUAGCCCCGCUGUGUACUAGGGCUGAGUUUAGCUAUUUAUUUGUACAUAUUUCCUGUAAGAUUUCAAUUUGUUUUAUGUCAGAUUUCAGUGAAUAAACCCUUCAGUGUUUGCCUAACCCCGAGUUGUAGCAAUCAGAAAUGCCAAUGGUAACAUUUAGACCAAGCUUCACCAAACUCUGGCCCUCCAGAUGUUGCUGAACUACAACUCCCAUGAUUCUAUGAAUGAAAUAGAUAGGCUGUUGUAGUUCAGCAACAUCUGAAGGGCAGGAGUCUGGGGAAGCCUGAUUUAGACAGAACUAUCUGAUGUGAAUUUAUUACCCAUGUUUUGGUCACAGCUUGGUUAGUUUAGCCUACAACCUGCCAUUAGUAGCUCUACACUAGGUCAGUAAUGAGUCCCCUAUAAACUCCAUAGCAACGUCCUCAAAACUCCAGCUAACUCCCACCAAUAGGAAGCGAAUUCUCUGAUUACGUCACCAAAGAGGCGGAUUCAAACGCCUUUGCGGGUCACGCCUCUUUCUGAUCAAGCUUCUCGCCCAACAAUGAAGAGGUAAGAAUAUGAAGCUUCCAGUUCACACAGUGCAGCCCGGUGGCUUUACGCCUUCUGAUUGGUUGAACGUGUGUUUUGCCAGCCCCUAUCAAAACGCGAAUCUCUUCACCGAUUGGUGGCUUAUGGACUGAUUUUUGAGCUACGAUUGGACCAACUUUCCGCUGUGGCAGACAGCCAGCGAUCUCAUUGGCUGAUCAUUUCUCCGGAGGAAGAGAGCGGUUGGUGUUUGUACCGGAGGCCUGGGAGGAUCAGGAGCGAGCCUGGCGCAGGGAUCUGGCUGUCACCGGGUGAAGGUAUGGCGGCUCCUAUAAUGGCCGGGUGUGGGUGGGUGCCUAGCACUGCAUGAAGGGGACAUUUGGUGGCAGUCUGGGCUAUGGAUCUGUUUAAUAAGAGAGCUGUAUGAGGGAGACUCCUUCACACUGACUGCAGCCCUGCACUCAGUGUAUGGGGAGACAGCCCCGCACUCAGUGUAUGGGGAGACAGCCCCGCACUCAGUGUAUGGGGAGACAGCCCCGCACUCAGUGUAUGGGGAGACAGCCCCGCACUCAGUGUAUGGGGAGACAGCCCCGCACUCAGUGUAUGGGGAGACAGCCCCGCACUCAGUGUAUGGGGAGACAGCCCCGCACUCAGUGUAUGGGGAGACAGCCCCGCACUCAGUGUAUGGGGAGACAGCCCCGCACUCAGUGUAUGGGGAGACAGCCCCGCACUCUGUGUAUGGGGAGACAGCCCCGCACUCUGUGUAUGGGGAGACAGCCCCGCACUCUGUGUAUGGGGAGACAGCCCCGCACUCUGUGUAUGGGGAGACAGCCCCGCACUCUGUGUAUGGGGAGACAGCCCCGCACUCUGUGUAUGGGGAGACAGCCCCGCACGCACUCUGUGUAUGGGGAGACAGCCCCGCACUCUGUGUAUGGGGAGACAGCCCCGCACUCUGUGUAUGGGGAGACAGCCCCGCACUCUGUGUAUGGGGAGACAGCCCCGCACUCUGUGUAUGGGGAGACAGCCCCGCACUCUGUGUAUAGGGAGACAGCCCCGCACUCAGUGUAUGGGGAGACAGCCCACGCACUCUGUGUAUGGGAGACAGCCCGCUACUCUGUGUGGGAGACAUUGCACUCUGUGUAUGGGGGAGACAGCCACUCUGUGUAUGGGGAGACAGCCGCACUCUGUGUAGGGAACAGCCCGCACUCUGUGUGUAUGGGAAGUGCAGCCCGCACUCUGUGUAUGGGGGAGACAGCCCCGCACUCUGUGUAUGGGGAGACGAAGCCCCGCACUCUGUGUGUAUGGGAGACAGCCCGCCUCUGUGUAUGGGGAGACGGCGCACUCUGUGUAUGGGAGACAGCCCCGCACUCUGUGUAUGGGAGACAGCCCGCACUCUGUGUAUGGAGACAGCCCGCACUCUGUGUAUGGGAGACAGCCCAGCACUCUGUGUGUAUGGGAGACAGCCCGCACUCUGUGUAUGGGGAGACAGCCCAGCACUCUGUGUGUAUGGGGGAGUAGCCCGCACUCUGUGUAUGGGGGAGACAGCCCGCACUCGUAAUAUGGGAGACAGCCCGCCUCUGUGUAUGGGGAGACAGCCCCGCCUCUGUGUGGGGAACAGCCGCACUCGCAGUAAUAUGGGAGACAGCCCGCACUCUGUGUAUGGGGAGACAGCCCGCCUCUGUGUAUGGGGUGGCCGCACUCUGUGUAUGGGGAGACAGCCCGCACUCUGUGUAUGGGGAGACAGCCCGCACUCUGUGUAUGGGAGACAGCCGCACUCUGUGUAUGGGGAGACUGGCCCAGCACUCUGUGUAUGGGGGCCCCGCCUCUACAGUGUAUGGGGAGACACCAGCCCCGCACUCUGAGUAUGGGGAGACAGCCCGCGCACUCUCGCGUAUGGGGAGACAGCCCGCACUCUGCGUAUGGGAGACAGCCCGCACUCUGGAUAAUAAGGGGAGACAGCCCCGCACUCUCGUAUGGGGAGACAGCCCGCGCACUCUCGCGUAUGGGGAGACAGCCCCGCGCCUCUGUAUGGGGGAGACAGCCCCGCUACUCUGCGUAUGGGGGAGACAGCCCCGCACUCUGCGUAUGGGGAGACAGCCCCGCACUCUGCGUAUGGGGAGACAGCCCCGCACUCUGCGUAUGGGGAGACAGCCCCGCACUCUGCGUAUGGGGAGACAGCCCCGCACUCUGCGUAUGGGGAGACAGCCCCGCACUCUGCGUAUGGGGAGACAGCCCCGCACUCUGCGUAUGGGGAGACAGCCCCGCACUCAGCGUAUGGGGAGACAGCCCCGCACUCAGCGUAUGGAGAGCCGGCAGGAGCCAACAUAUAGUGUUUUAUAUAAAUACAAUUUUAUGUUUAUUGAAGCCUUAUGGGCAGGAAACAUUGGGGAGUUAGGGCAGUAUGGUAUCCUGCUGUUUGAGCUGAGAAUAGAAUGUGCCACUUUAAUACAGCUGUAUUUACAUGUAUUGGAUUUUAGAGGACGACAGUGCGUGUGAGUGGCUUAGAGUGAUAAAAGUUAGUCCACAGAUGACUAUUCUGUGUUUAUGGACAACAUAGCAGGUCAUUUAGCUAUGUGACAAGAUUUUCCAGUACAUAUUUGUUUAAUUGAUAUAGUGUGCAUAAAUCAUUGUGUGUGUUUAUAUGUUGGUAAUAUUGCUUAUUAAAGUAGUUACAUAAUUGGAGACUCUUAGAGGAAAAAUAUUUUAUACAAUUGUUGCAAGAACUUUCUGGGCAAAGAGCCAAGUUUAAAAAAAACGAAAAAAACUAUGUUAAAAGGAUGAGCAUUCUGGGUUGUUCAGAAUGUGAUGGAGACAGAGGAGCAUUGACUUGCUCAGCGUAAAUAUUUGGCUUAGGGUGCUACUGGGGGUUUGAUGAAUUGCUAGCAAUUUCUGUGUAGUACGUGGGAGUAGUGUUAACCUGAGAACCCUUAAAAUAUCCUACAUUCAGUACAGAUGGGUGCCUGCUCCUUAACGGCAAUCUGUACGUUUAAAUGGACCCAGCUCAUUGUAGGUGUUAAAAGAACAUGCCAAAAACCCUAAUAAUUACAGCAUGCUUUAUUAUUAUUUUUGGCAUUAUAUAGUGCCAACGUGUUAUGCAGGCUUUACAAUAUUAACAAAUGAGACAAACUAUGACCAUUUUUGACAGGUAAAUUAGGUUGAUACAGACCCUGGUCAAUCUAGAGGUUAUGUUGCCUCCCUGUCUCACAUUGAAGACAUACAUUGUAGUGUGUAUAGAAGUAGUAGACAUAAAAUCAGCUUAUUAAGUAAAUAACUACAUUUACUUUUAAAAAGUGUUUUUUGUUGUUGUUGUUGUUAAUAAUAUAAUUUAUUUUAUUUUUACAAAAGGAACUACAAGGUCUGGAUAUUUUAGAACAUAUGAACUAUUGGGAAUCUCUUUUGCCAGUAUAUAAGAACAGGCAAUGUAGUUGUUGUGGUGCCUGGUAGGGUCCUUUUGAGGGUUAAAAUGUGCUUUGGCAGAAGUCAUAUACAGUCUCAAAGUAAAAGUAAUAUUGCAGUUCCUACUACUGUUCAGUUGACGCUAUCUUUAGAUUGCAUUUAUCUUCAGACUUGAUUUUAUACACAAUUAUCUCUAUAAUUUGUUUCUAACUCUGCUCACAUCUGGCUGUACACCUACCCACGCUUUCUGUUCCCUCAUCUCUGUAAUUUUUACCCCACUCCCUCUUUGUGUUCUUCACUUCCUUUUAUUAAUCCUCACUUAUAGAUUCUUACUACUACUGACACAAACGUCUCACGUCUAGUCAGCCACACACUUACAAUCUUUUGCAAACUCCUAAAAUCACAAUUUACAAAAGACCGUCCUAACCUCCAUACAUUAAUCCCUUUUCCAGAUCCCUCUUCUAUCUGACCUUGAUACCACUUCUCUUACACCAAGUUCAAGUAUCAUUCUAACCCAGCCUGAUUCUUCCUUUUUAUAAGAAUUCAUAUUGUUUUAAACUUUGUCUAAUGUUCUACUAUUUACAUACCCUUUUAUAAUUGUAAAAAUGUAGUUGUACUGUAGUGUGAUUGUAGACUUUGUAAGUGCCUUGCAGGAGGGGUUUAUGCAAGAACUGUCAUAUAACAUUUAAAAAAAAAAAAAAAAAAAGUUGGUCCAGAAUGGUUUUGCAUGGCCUGAAAAGCUUCCUUUUACUCAUUGAAUUUCUAUACUAAUACUGUUCCAAUGCCCCUCCCCCCCCCAAUACAAGUAUUUAAUGGUAAUCAGCCUUGAGGAGAAAGGGUGUUGUGAACACUGUGUCCCAUGACCUUCUCCUUGUUUGGAUUGGGGUUCCUGACAAGUAGGAAACAAGCACAGAGUUCCUUAUAUUUUUGCGAGAUGCAAGUCAUUUGCAACCUGCAAUCCAAGUCAUUGUAGGUUCUUACACUUCGGGAAAUGGAUAGGUGCAAGGCAGCUCAAAAAGUUUAAACUGAAUCACAAAAGAGCGCAGAGCAGCAGGCACCCUAGAAUGGGAACAGCAAUAUUUUUAAGCGGCCGCACAUUCAUUCUUCUGUUAUAGUAGCUUUUUGACCAAUAGUGAAGCCCCAAAACUCUUGAAUUUUUCAUUUACUCCCAAUUCUAUUAACAUAUUUAGCACACAUUCCCUUCCCCCACACAAAUGUACGCACUCUCCUAUUUUUCCUCACUGAUUGUCUUUCAUGAAAACUACUGCAUAGAACUGAAAUAGCUUGAGCAGUGGAGCAAAUCAGAAUUUGCUGUACAUAUUUUGGAAAAGUGUGGGAAAAGAUUAGUGUCCCCUUUUCAGCUGUAAAUUGUCUGUAAGGCCAACGUCGAGAAGUUAGUUAACCCUCUUGCCUAUUUAUUUAUUUUUUGCUGGUUUGUAUUUUGGUUUAGGAUCUUGCCUAAUAUCUUGUGACUUUCGUUGCUCUAAUUGCACCACUGUCUGCUGGUCAAUACGUUUGUAUAUAUUUUGAUUGGUGGAAAACCCCCUUUUCUGAAAAUCUUUUCUAGACAAGGACUACAGUUGGGAAAACUCUAUGGUAGAUAUAAGAGUAUGACAUUGAACUAUUUCUGCAUGAUAUUGAUCAUUGUUAAACGUACACUGCUUAGUAAGUAAAGUCCUGUUUGAACAGGUAUUACAACUUUUAUAGCUUUGUUUCAGAAUGCGGCAUCCGCGUCUGCAGCUAAUCUAGCCUAAGGCUACAGGUGUUUAACAGAAUAGUGAUUUAUAAUUUAUUUCUGUAGGGCUAGCUAGCUUACUUCACAGCUUAGUAUCAAUCUUUCUUUAUACUAAGACUGCUAUAGAUUGACACUAAAGACAAAAUUAGUAGAAAUCCUUAGACAUACAGAUUGAGGUUUUUUAACAUUACACAAUCUUCUGAUAUGUUGAAAGGCACACUAUAGUCACCCAGAUCACUACAUCUUAUUGAACCGGUCUGGGUGCAGUGUCCCUGUCCCACUUAGUCCUGUAAUAUAAAACAUUGCAAGACUAAGACAGCCCCUAAUGGCUCACAAUUAUACAACGCCAAUAGUAUGUUCAGGUGCCUGGACCAGUACUGGAGGCACAUGGGGCCAUUUAACACAACACAGUCCAGCCGGGGGAAUAUUUCUAUCUCCUAACUGAUCUGGGCUAAAGUGUCAAUACAGAUCCCUAAGGCACUAAAGCUUGCUGAAGUGUUUCUCUUUUUCAUUUUACAAAAAGUGCAGAUUUAAAUAGAAAUUGGCACUUUUUAAAAUUAACCUUGUUAAACCCUACUAGUUGUCAGACAACCGGUGCUGUUACUCCUGGUAGUUCAGCCUAGAGUACCUGCCUUGCAAAAACUUCUCUUUGAGCUGCAUUGGGAAAACUGUGAUUGGACAGCUCAAUAAAGAUACUUUUAAGAAACCACACCAACCAGGGAACAUGAACAGCCUGGCAGUGCUUACUAACUCCUUAUAUAGCAACAAUGCUCUGGGAGGAAGUUACUUUAUAUAACUUCCUCCCAGUGUGCAAAACGUGCAAGACUUCUAAAGGGACCCUAUGGACAGUGCAAAUAUCACGUACCAGCAGCAAAAUGGUAUGCAUACAGGAAUGUGGCUUAAUAUAGGGAUUUGUGUCAAUCUGUGUGUCUGUUUAUGUCGAAGAGUAGUAUGUGGGUUUGUGUUUUUUUUUUUUUUUUUUCCUAUCCCUAAGCGGGUGUAUGACUGUGUUUUGUCUCUCUGUGUGUGUGUCUGGCUAUGUUCAUCAUUGGGUGAUUCUUUGUGAGUGUCUUGCAGUGUGUGUCUACAAGUCUACAAAUGCAUGUAUGCCAAAAUGAUUCUGAAUGGGGCUCUGCAAUUUCUAAUAGCAGCCUUGGGAUUGUCAAUAUGUGAUUUAUACAUUACACUAAUGAAGCUGUCAGCAAAUAUUGAUAGCUUUUCCUAGCUUAACAUUGUUGUUCUAUUGUAAUGGGUAAAAGGUACAUUUUAAUUACACUCUCCAUCUAGAACAAGGGUUCCUUUAGUUUACCUAAUUGACUCCUGUCCCUUGAUAGUGCAAGAACUUUCAAAACAAAAUCACUAUCUGGCAAGAGUAUAAUUUAGAAGUAUUGUUAUAAAUUUGUGCCAGGCAGUUUGUUUUCCUUUGCAUGUGUGUGCAGCCAGCCAGUCCCCAUAACCUCUGCCUACUUGCUCUUUGCCACCCACCCAUCUUUUCAUGCAUGUUGGUCCUGUAUCUCUAUCUGGCAUCUCUCACUAUGUGAUGCUAUUCCUCAAAUGGUAGUUUUUUUUUUCUUCUAUUGUUAUUGCAGAUGGGUUAGAUGUUGGGAAUGCUGUUGCUCAUUGAUUUAUAUGAAGAGAAAUUUGGAUGAUGGAGGUACUUUCCAGGCCUAAAAUUUAAUUGCCACAGCAAACCACCUCCUGCAAAGUGUGGAAAGGACAAGGAAGUGGCACAUGCGUUAGCCCUGACCCAAAUAAGACCUGUGACAUCAUGUAGGUCCAUGCUAGGAGUUGCAGGACAGCUUGUGCCAUCUACUUGUAGACUCCAUAUUUGUACUCUUUUUCGUUUGUGCUGAUGGCCUAACAGGUUAUCCCCACUAGUUGCUUCCCCACAUGUUGACAGGCUGGUGGAUAAGCGAAGAAGUUUGCUUGGACUUAAAGCAACAGUUUAGGCACUAUAACCUCUAAAUUGUGGUGGUUAUGGUGCAAGGAGAUCCCUGGUAGGUAGUCAAUCUCUUUUCAAACCAAACGUUCGCUGUAUGGUUAUUUUGCCUAGACUGACCAUUCAAAGGGCUUUGAGCUUCUUACCUAUUCUGAAAGCAUGCCACUGCCCAAACAUUUCUGUAAUCUCACUUCUGACAGCCGCACAAAUCGGCUGUGCAAUCACUGUUACAAUAUGCUGCUGUUUGAAAUGGCAUGGAGAUACUUUAGAGGCAAUAGUGGCCAAUAAAGCUUCUCAUGCCAGGGAUGAAUUUCCUUUUGCCAGAUUUACAUAGAAAGAAAUAAAUACAAAAGUGACCUUAGUAUUAACCUCUGAACUCUACACACACAACCCCUCCCCCCCCCCUGCUCACAAGACGCACUUCAACACCAAACCGCUUCCAUAACCUUUACGCCACAACAUGCAAUGCCUGCACACCCACCGACACAUACCAACUCUUGCUGUAACGAAUACUUCUCCUCAAUCACACGAAUAACCACACGAAAUUCCAUACCCCACGCACCCCACCCAAACUUGACGGUGUCACUUACAAAGUAAAGCCCUCUGUAGUAUCUAGAUCACUACAGAGGCUGACACCAGACGUUCUCACAUCACCGGGUCCCUGUUCAAAAACUAGUUUCAAGUACUAACUCAGGACUCAAUUGCUGUAAAUAGUUAAUACGUUAAGUUUUAUUAGUUUUAUUCUUUGAACCUCACCAAGGCACUAAAUUUUACACCACAGAACACAAUACUGGUUCCGUAACCACUCACCCCACAGGGGCUCUGAUACAAACUCCAAUAUAUAUAAUACCAACCGAUUUCUGACCACAAUGACAACCAUUAGCAUUGUUACACACAAGCUCCACCAUAACCAGGGUCAAGUUCUGUUUAAUUAAGAUUUUCUUAUCCCCUGAUAUGUUAAUAGCUUGCUAUACCCUGAUAGAGCCUCCUGUAUGUGAUUAAAGUUCACUUCAGAGAUUGAGAUACAAUUAUUUAAAGGACCACUAUAGUGCCAGGAAAACAUACUAAUUUUCCUGGCACUAUAGUGCUCUGAGGGUGCUCUCCUCCCUCUUCUUCCGUCAAUGCUUUCCUAUGGACGCUGGCGUUUUCUCACUGUGAAAAUCACAGUGAGAAGUGCGGAAGCCCUCUAGUGGCUGUCAAUGAGACAGCCACUAGAGGCUGGAUUAACCCUAAUAUAAACAUAGCAGUUUCUUUGAAACUGCUAUGUUUAUAAAUGAAAAGGGUUAAAACUAGCUGGACCUGGCACCCAGAUCACUUCAUUAAGCUGAAGUGGUCUGUGUGCCUAUAGUGGUCCUUUAAGGUAAAUUAUAUCUGUUUGAAAGUGAAACCAGUUUGUUUUUGUUUUUUUGUUUUUUUUGUUUUUUUAAUGCAAGCUCUGUCAAUCAUAGCCAAGGGAGGUGUGGCUGGGGCUGCAUAAACAGAAACAAAGUGAUUUAACUCCUAAAUGGCAGUGAAAUUGCAGGGGAAUGAUCUAUACACUAAAACUGCUUUAUUUAGCUAAAGUAAUUUAGGUAACUAUAGUGUUCCUUUAACCCCUUAAGGACACAUGACAUGUGUGACAUGUCAUGAUUCCAUUUUAUUCCAGAAGUUUGGUCCUUAAGGGGUUAAGGAAGUAAAACCACUAUCUAGGCCCUCCCUAAAUAUAGUCGAAUCUUACUUGUAGUCAAGUAUGCAGCUGCCGUCUUUGCCCGUAAUCUGCCUGCUUGGCUGACCUCAUCAGAAGUGAUUCUCUGAGCCUAUCACAAUAGGAUUGGCUGAGACUGUCAAGGAGGCAGAUCAGGGGCAGAGUAAACACAAGUCAAACACAGCCCUGGCCAAUCAGCAUAUCCUUAUAGAGUUGCAUUGAAUCAAUGCAUAUCUAUGAUGAAAGUUCAGUGCCACACUGUGCAGCACUGCCACAGGAAGCACCUCUAGCAGCCAUCUAAGGAGUGGCCUGGAGGUAUCCCUAGGCUGUAAUUAAAAUGCUGCAUUUUCUCUGAAAAUACAUUGUUUACUGCAAAAGCCUGAUGGGAAUGAUUCUGCUCACCAGAACAAAUACAAUAGCUGUAGUUGUUCUGGUGACUAUAGUGUCCCUUUUAAUUACUAAUUUUUAUAUAUUUUUUGUGUGUAGUUUUAACUCUGCAGUAAAUAAAAUCAAAGGGUGUCAAUCUCAUCUUGAAGAGGUCCUCAAUAUAUUAUAUGUAUUUAUUUUGUUCAGCUUCAUAUCUUUUUGACGCCUCCUUUUACCUAGAUAUACUUAAUGCAUUACAUUUUCAAGGGUAGAUUGGGAAAUUGGAAUAUGUUAGUCAUAUAAGCUUGAAAAAUAGCUUUAAUAUUUAAACCUUUUUUGGAGCAGAGCAUCUGGAGACCUAGUUUUAGACUUUAAAUAUUUAAUGUUCCAGAGCAGUCUAGCAGGCAGCAUAUUUGUGUCCUCAUUUUGUUUUUGCUUACAUAAUGUUGUAAUUCUCAUGAGUAGAAGACUCUCUUGUUUAGUAAAAAGCUGCUGCAUAGAUGGUGCUAAAUGUUUUGGAAAUAUACUUCCAUUUGAUAAUUUAAUAUUCUCUUCCCCUCAACAUUUUAGCAGUAAUAUCCAACUGAACUUCAGAUAUAUUGUUGCAGGUGAUCAGGCUGGCAGUCUUUAAUCCUUACAUGUUUAUACAGCUGUAUAGUCCAGAAAUAUCUCUGGUACAGCUGUCUAGUGCUCCAAAUUUAGAAUAUACUUAUUUAAUGUUUUAUCCAUAUAAUGUUAUGAUUUGGCUCGAAACAAACACUGCACAUACAGAAUUAAAGGACCACUAUAGUACCAGGAAAACAUACUCGUUUUCCUGGCACUAUAGUGCCCUGAGGGUGCCCCCACCCUCAGGGUCCCACUCACGUGGCGCUGAGGAGGGAGGAAUGGGUUAAACUUACCUCUUUCUCCAGCACCGAGUGGGGAGCUCUCCUCCUCCUCUUCGGCUGAAUGCGUAUGCGCGGCAAGAGUUGUGCGCGCAUUCAGCCAGUCUCAUAGGAAAGCAUUUACAAUUCUUUCCUAUGGAUGCUGGCGUCUUAUCACUGUGAAAAUCACAGUGAGAAGCACGCAAGCGGCUGUUAAGAGACAGUCACUAGAGGCUGGAUUAAUCCUAACAUAAACAUAGCAGUUUCUUUGAAACUGCUAUGUUUAUAAAAAAAGGUUUAACCCUAGCUGGACCUGGCACCCAGACCACUUCAUUAAGCUGAAGUGGUCUGGGUGCCUAUAGUGGUCCUUUAAUGUCAAAUGGAUACUAUAAAUGCCAGGAUUACAAAGUUGUAUUCCUGGCACUAUAGCUCCUUGUGCUCCCCCUCCCUCUCACUGAUGUGAAUAAAGGGUUAAAAACCCUUUUACUUACCUUACUCAAGUGCAGAUGUCCCUUGGCGCUGGUUUGCGUCGCCACCUCCUCUGAUGUCCCGCGACAAUCAGGCAAUAAGGCGCACACACAGCAAAUGUCACACACACAUUAGACCUCCCCAUAGGAAAGCAUUAAUUCAAUGCUUCCGUAACAGGAAAGAUCUGAUUCUGAAUGUCCUCGUGCAGAGCGUGAGGACAUUCAUAAUCCGUUACUGGACCAAAGAUCAGUUAGGACCCAGGAAGCAUCCCCAAUGUCUGUCUGGGAGACAGCAACUGGAGGCAGACUUAGUAUUGCAAUGUAAACAUUGCAGUUUCUGUGAUAGUUGUUAUAGUGACUAUAGUAUGUCCCUGCAGGCUUUUUGCUGUUUACAUUUGUUUACAUUAGUGCCUAGGGUCACCUCUAGUGCUUUUACUUGUCCACAUUGUACGGUCACUGGCAGGCAUAGGCUGGAGUGAAUACUCCUCUAGGUAAUGAUCCAACAUGCCCGCACCAGCCUCUCAGAAGUUUGACAGAUUGACACAUACAGUGCAAGUCACUUUAUCACAUUUACACAAAUACAACCCACACUCACUUUUUAGUCAUAAUUGUUUAAAGGGACUCUAAUUGUAUGUACAUAAUGCAUUCAGAAAACUUUUUUUGUUUUUUUCUUUUCAUUAAUCUUUAAUGUGCUGCAUACCCUUGGACUCUGAUCAAUGAAACCAGAAAGUGACUAUAAUUUCUUAAAUGCAGAUCUGUCUCCAUAAAGCAUUGUUCAAAGGCCCUCUAAGGUAAAGUCAUGGAUUGUAGUAGUAUUAGUAGUAGACGAAAUUGAUAUCAAGUCAAAUUAUUUUCCACCACCUUCGGCACUUCUUUUUUCCCAGUCCUAAAAGAUUGAUGUGAGUUGUGUUGCUGUUUAUACUUAUUUAUUUAUUUAUUUAUUUAUUUUUUAAAAUCUCCUAAAGAUGGCCUGAGCAUUACUUGUGCAUUGCGUGACAGGUUUUGCCAUGAGCAAGUUGGGGGAAAAGGCACAUAUUAUCAUACAUCCUAGAACAGUUCAAACUAAAGCACAAUCUCAGUUUAAAGGUGAAGCCGUCAUUCAAAGCAUUGUGAGCCAGAUUUCAUGCUUCUGACAAGUGCACAUUCUAGACCAAUCUUCCCCAAACUCCGUCCCUCCAGAUGUUGCUGAACUACAACUCCCAUUGAUUCUAUGAAUAAAUUGAUAGUCUGAUAAUCAUGGGAGUUGUAGUUAAGCAACAUCUGGAGGGCCGGACUUUGGGAAAGCCUAUUCUAGAUUAAGAAAGCAGUACCUGCGCCGGUGAGAUGGCUACCUGAUACAUGCACAUUAUAUUAUUAGGACGACAUCUGUGUGACUUAGUUACCUUAGCGAGUAAACACCUGUAUAGCUGGGGGUGGGGGGGAGAUACUUUUUCACUUUUAUAUCUUUCAAGGCUAUUUAAACAAGGAGAACUGUUUCAUUCUUUUCAAGUUUUGUCUGGUUUGCUAAGUUACUAAGGGAACAAAGAUCUAUCUAAUAGACUUGCUUACUCUCUUUAUGCCAACCAAACUCUGCUGUUACACCUGUGGAUUGAGCAUACUGGUACUUUUUAUGCAUAUUACACCUGUUUGGUCAACUGAGGAAAUUAAACAAGUAUUUAUUGUUAUAUCUAUUGGUUUAAUGCUUUUUUAAAAAAAAUUUUUAAUGUUAUUUAGUAUUGCUACUUUUUGUUUCAUGUAUUGGCUUCUCAUCAAUCUAUAAUGGUUACUCUGUUUAUUUGCCUUUUUGUUUUACUUUAGAUAGCAUAUUUAUGUUUUUCAUUUUAUUAUACUUAUUUAUUUCAAUUCAUAUUCUAGUAUCUGUUGCUAUUAGAAUAGCCACAUGAAUGAACUUUUUUUUUUUUUUCCUGCAUGCUUGUGGGGUCAUACACAUUGCGUGUUUGUGUGACUAUUCAUUUUAUAAAGAUUGGUGACAUCCACUAACUUUGAGAACGGUUGUUUAGCCACCUUUCCACACAUGACUGACUCUCAUUUAUAUGAGAAUCUGGUGAGCACACUAAUGCAUACUUUCCGACAGGCCUGUACAACCUGCAGCCCCCCAGAUGUUUCUGAACUAUAACGCCCGUGAUUCAUUGAAUAAAAUAGCCAACGCCCAUGUUUUUAUUUUAAUUUAUUUUUUUAUGAAACCGCUAGGGAUCAUGGGAGUUGUAGUUCAAAACAUCUUGGGGGGGCUGAGGGGGGUGGGUGCAGGUUGUGCAUUUACCGUGAAAGUCACAUUCAGAGGUAGCAUUUUUUUGAGUUAUGGUAAAUACAUUCUGCAUUGUUCCUUUAAAAUGCCAGAUGUUUGUUAAAGGAACAAUAUAGUCACCUAAAUUACUUUAGCUAAAUAAAGCAGUUUUAGUAUAUAGAUCAUUUCCCUGCAAUUUCACUGCUCAAUUCGCUGUCAUUUAGGAGUUAAAGGACCACUCUAGGCACCCAGACCACUUCAGCUUAAUGAAGUGGUCUGGGUGCCAGGUACUUCUAGGGUUAACCCAUUUUUUUUAUAAACAUAGCAGUUUCAUAGAAACUGCUAUGUUUAUGAAUGGGUUAAGCCUUCCCCCUAAUCCUCUAGUGGCUGUCUCAUUGACAGCCACUAGAGGCGCUUGCGUGCUUCUCACUGUGAUUUUGAGAAUUGAGAAUGCUUUCCUAUGCGACAGGCUGAAUGCGCGCGCAGCUCUUGCCGCGCAUGCGCAUUCAGCCCAGGAGGAGGAGAAGAGGAGGAUCGGAGGAGGAGAGCUCUCUGCCCAGCGCUGGAAAAAGGUAAGUUUAAACACCUUUCCCCUUUCCAGAGCCGGGCAGGAGGGUGUCCCUGAGGGUGGGGGCACCCUCAGGGCACUAUAGUGCCAGGAAAAUGAGUAUGUUUUCCUGGCACUAUAGUGGUCCUUUAAAUCACUUUUUCUGUUUAUGCAGCCCUAGCCACACCUCCCCUGGCUAUGAUUGACAGAGCCUGCAUGAAAAACAAACUGCUUUUACUUUCAAACAGAUGUAAUUUACCUUAAAUAAUUGUAUCUCAAUCUCUCUCUAAAUUGAACUUUAAUCACACACAGGAGGCUCUUGCAGAGUCUAGCAAGCUAUUAACAUAUCAGGGGAUAAGAAAAUCUUAAUUAAACAGAACUUGCAAUAAAGAAAGCCUAAAUAGGGCUCUCUUUACAGGAAGUGUUUAUGGAAGGCUGUGCAAGUCACAUGCAGGGAGGUGUGACUAGGGUUCAUAAACAAAGGGAUUUAACUCCUAAAUGGCAUAGGAUUGAGCAGUGAGGCUGCAGGGGCAUGUUCCAUAUACCAAAACUGCUUCAUUAAGCUAAAGUUGUUCAGGUGACUAUAGUGUCCUUUAAAGAGUUAAAUAUUUUUUGAUGCAGAUAGAAAUUGAAUCAAUCCCAGAACACUACUAGAAGUUGGAGACGUGGCACCAUGCAGAGUGCCAGAUGUGUACUCAGGAGCUACAUCUGGCCAAGACAGGAUGCUGUAUCGCUAUAUGUUGCUGGCCCUUUAAGAGCGGGAAGAGGCACUGAUUUCUUUGAAGUGCUCUGCACACCAUUCUGGUGCAUAAAUAUUUAUAUAUUCUAACUUCUUACACACCCAGUUCUCGUACUGAAAGAAACCGCUAUCACAAAAGCAGUAAAGAUCUCAGAGACUUGGGCUUGACAAAACUCUCCUGUUCCUUUUAGUGAAUAACUGGCAGAUCAUGACUUACUCUGAAAAUGAGGAAUUUUUUUUUAUACAUGAGGUCAAACACAUAAAAGAUAUCAACAUGUGUUGUGGUAUUUUUUUAUUUUUUUUUGCAUUGUCAGGCGAGGAUUGUUUGUAUCAAACAAUCCCUUAGACAUCCUAAAUUAUGCUUUAGUUUUGCUCAUUUUUGAUGCACUGUCACCUGAUUAAAUGGCAGGAAUCUGUGAUAUAAAAUGAUUUGCCACAUGCCACGAAGACACAAAUUCAGAAGUGGCUGCAGAUUAGAACCUAUCAUACAAACCCAUAUUGAAAUCUCAGAUUGUAUCUUUUAAGUGGACCCAUAUAAAAAUAAAAUAAUCUAUACUUUCUACUGGCCACAUGAGUAGUAAAUACGUUGUUUUUAAAUGUAUGUUAAACGUCUUAUUUAUUUUCUUAACCUGCCUUUCCAGUUCUCCCUUCAAGCUAGCAGCAGGAUUACAAAUAUGGCGCCCAAAGGCAUUGUGGGAUGCUGCAUGUAUCAUUCUGCAUGACAUGUAUUCAUCCCAUGGAUACAUUAAUCCGUAGAUCCUAGCAAUUUUCAAUAUUUAGCUUUAAAUUGAAACUGCACAGCAUUUCUUUCUUUGUUUGUGCUGGAUGUUGGCUCAAAGAGAAGCAUUGAAUACAAAUCUGUUUCAACACCUUUCAUAAAAAUAGUUGUGGCUUUAAGUUUUAGUAAUUUGUAUUCUAAAAUCAUACUUGAGGGGCUGUAUUAGUUGAAGCAUUAUCGCUCUCUUCAGGCAUUUUUGUGUAAACACUCCUUUUUCAGAGAAAAGGCAGUGUUUACAUUGCCCCUAGGGACACCUCAAACUGUCCACUCCUUAGAUGGCCAUUGGAGGGGUUUCCUGGCUCAGUGUUGCACAGUAAGCAGCCCUGCCGUUCAGCGUCCCCACGCUCUGCAUGGAGAUGCUGAAUUUUCCUCACAGAGAUGCAUUAAUUCAAUGAAUCUCUUCAAUGAGGAGCACCUGAUUGGCCAAAAUGGCAUUUGGCCCCGCCCCAUUCCGAUUUUAGCCAAUCCAAUGCUUUCCCCUUGGGAAAGCAUUGGAUUGGAAAAAUCAGUCAUUUUGAUUGUCACAAAGAGGGCGGACUGGCACGGCGCUGACAAUACGGUGAGUUUUAAACUUUUAUAGGGGGCAAGCCACCUAUAUGGGGGGUUUGGCACUAUAGGGUCAGGAAUAAAUGUUUGUGUUCCUGACCCAAUUGUGAUUAGUGAUCCUUUAAAUCACCUUAUUUCUGUUUAUGCAGCCCUUGUCAUGCCUCCCCUGGCUCUGAUUGACACAGCCUGCAUGAAAUAAACUGGUUUCACUUUCAAUCAGUUGUAAUUUACCUUAAACAAUUGUAUCUCUUUCUCUGUAAAUUUAACCUUUAAUCACAUACAGGAGGCUCUUGCAGGGGGGGAUAAGAAAAUCUAAAUUAAACAGAACUUGCAAUAAGGGAAGGAUAAACUUUAGAUGACUCUUUACAGGAAGUGUUUAGGAAGGCUGUGCAAAUCACAUGCAGGGAGGUGUGACUAGGGUUCAUAAACAAAGGAUUCAUAAAUGGUAGAGAAUUGAGCAGUGAGACUUGAUUUGUACACCAAAACGGCUUAGUUAAACUAAAAGUUUUUUUUUUUUUUUUUGGUGACUAUAGUGUCCCUUUAAAAUGGUGCCCAUGGUUGUACAAAAUUAUUAAAGACUAAACUUCUUGUCCAACUCUGUCAAACACUGAAUGAGUUUGCUGGGACUUAUUUUUCAUAAGCUAUUUAUCAAGUGGUUGCUCCAACAUUACAUCAGAUGUAUAUUUUAAAUGUCACCAUUCUCUGAUAGAAUCUCACUGAAUGAAAUAGGCGUUAUAGUCAAGUAGGGCAGACCGCUUCUUUCAUGGCUUCGUAAAUCUAUUUUGCUAGCACUGAGCUACUGCUGGAUGUGUGACACAGUUUGUCUGAGGUUAGCAGGUAAUGAUUUAAAAUAAAAAAAAAUUUCACAAAAAAAAAAAAAUUUAAAAAAAUUGUCAGCAAGUAGAGUGUACUCGACGACUGGUUGACAGCCCACAGAGGAGGCCCUACACAAGUAACUUCAUCUUCAGAAUGAAGCAGGAGUCUUUGCACAAUAACCACUGUGCAAAGUUCGAUGAGGUUUCUCGGUUCUCUGGUCAUUUAUUUAGUGGAGUUGGAGAAUCCAUCAGAAGUCGUGCUCCUGACUCUUCCAGGUCACUGUGCAGAAGGAAGCAGCCAGUCAUAUAUGAUCGGCUUUGUCAUCUUGACAUGAAUGAUACCUUCUAAUGGUACAUACAGGCUCGUGACCCUCAAAUAAAAUACCCGAGCUUUAGCUUAGUCAAAGGAGAGACCGUUCGACUCUUUCAGGCAUUAUCUGUAUCUUUGGCCUUACAUUGUCUCUUUUGAAUCUCAUCCUUCUGGAAUUGUGUUUAUUACAGUAAAUCUACAUGACUUUCGGCAGUGUUACUGGCAUCCAAUGUCUUGGUUUACCAGCACACAUUUUGACCAUCUGCAUUUCUAGUGGUUCCAGAUCUCCCCAUCAUCAAAUAACUUUUUUUUGGUUUGCAGUAAAUCAACCACAGAAGAACAUGCCUGGGUACUCAAAACCGCAGUCUAUGUUGGGCAUAUAGCAAAUGGGACUAUUUAGUUGAACGAACCCUUGGUUAACCUUGCUCUCAUAUGUUUUUGGUUUUGUCCAACCUAAUAAUUUUUUUUCCAAGUUUUGGAUUGCCCUCUUUAGGCUUUGCCCUCUUUUAAGGCUUUUUAUUAAAAAAAAAAUUUUUUUUUUUAUAAUUUAAAAUAAUUUAAUUUUUCUUUAUUUUUUCUCCAUGUUGUAUAGUGUGAACUCUGAUAUGUAAGAGAUGAAAUGAUUAUAGUGACUACAGUGUCCCUUUAAUUCCAGCUCCUCACUGCAGCCUGAUCAUCCUACUGCAGAUUCAUUAAGCUUGAUGACUUUUGUCCAGUGAGACAAAAGGACAUACUGCACAUGCACAGCUAUUGCCACAAUUCAAUAAUCUAAUGCUUCUCUUAAAACAUUUUGGCCAUACUUUGCCUGUUGACGCCAGACGUAAGGUAGAUUCAGUUAUUGAAUCUUUUUGUCUGAGGCCUCUAGUGGUUGUCAGAGUGACUGUCGGAGGUGUAGGAAUUGCAAAAAAAUAAACUCAAACCGUGCUGUUUCUCAGAAUCUGCAAUGUUUGCAUCUGUUCCCUAAAAUUACUUCAAGAUGAAAUGAUUGGGACUUAAGACUGUUUCUUCAAAAUCAAUAAUUUUUUUUGUUAAGAUAAUUUUUCAUUGUUAAUCAUUGGACACAAAAUAUCAACUUGCAUCUCUACUGGUAUCCUGAAGCCAGAUAAUGUACUAACGCACAAUAACUGUAAUAUUCAUGUAGAUGGACAGGGAGCACAAUAUAUUCCACUGGGCACACUUCCUGCACAUAUCUCUGAUGCACUCAAUAGUACACCCUCAUUAUUUCCAAUUGAAGGUUAUGUGAUAUUGAGCCUCUAUUGACCAGAGCAUACACGGUCUUUGUAUUUUACACUGAGAUUUCUAAUUAAUCAUUGUUCUGUAUGAAAACUGUUUACCUAGGGGUAACAUUACAUAUAAAUUCACACCAUUCGCUUAAAGGUACACUCCAAGCACGUAAUUACUACAACAUGCUAUAGUGGUUAUGGUGUCAGGAGUGGCCUGGCGCCUUCCCAAUGUAAGUAGUCAAGAGCUUUCUUUUUGAUCUGCAAGAUGCCAGUUUUUUUCCCUGCACUUGAAACUACUGUUAUUAAGGAAUAUAUUCUUGUUAAAACUAGAAAUGAAAUUGUAGAAUUGAGGAACUUGGACAGUGUAUUCUAAUGUAUUGAGUAAUUUUUUUUCUGUCAUUGAUUCCUCUGCACAUUUGAUGAAUCGCUUCAAUAUUAACCCCUUAAGGACACAUGACGGAAAUAUUCCGUCAUGAUUCCCUUUUAUUUCAGAAGCUGUGUCCAUAAGGGGUUAAUGUAGAAACAUACUAAUUGUACAGAGCUGUAAAUGUAUAGCAAAUUAAUGUGUUUUUUUUUUUCUUUAAUUUAAAGUUUUACAUUUACUCUAAGCACCAUGACUACUUUAGAUUUGAAAUGAUCAUGGUGAGGAGAAUAACUCCUCUUCUGCCGGAGGUGUUACUCUAUUUCAUGCAUUAUAGGGGUGUGUCCUCAGCCUGUCUGGAAUUAAAGUUCCGAGCCGUGUAACGUCAAUUUAUGCAGGCUUUCAUUGCACAGAAUGACAAUCAUUGGCUCAGAGCGGUCAGCUGACAUGCUCAGCCAUUGAAUGUCGACCCUUGCGGCUUCAACAGCUUUACAGGGAGCAUUGAAGUCCUGAAAAGACCCAGGUAUGGGGGCAAACUGUUGUUAUCCAGUUUGCUCCAUUACUGGGAAAUCUGGGCCUGGGCUCUCCUGGCAUCAUACCCUCAACAGAGAGUUGUAGUAGUUAUGAUGCUUGCAGUAACCCUUUAAUAUCCAAUAUUUAAAUCAUGAUGUGCGUUGAUAGUUUGUAUAUGUUUAUUUCUACACACACUGUUUUAUUAUUUAAUACAUUUUGUAAGCAACUUUUAAAAGCGGUGAAGUUGGAUGAAUCCUUCCAUCCCUUUGGUGAGACAAAACAUACUUUAAUUAAUGGAAGAGUCGGUAGAUAAGGCCUCAUCUUCUCAAACUUGUCUGCUAAAUGCAUUUUGCUCUCAGUUAGUGCUAAUUAAAAGCCGGAUCAAUACUGGUGCAUAAUUAUCACAUAGGAAUUAUAGCUUUUGGUCUUACAUCUUGUUGCAGUAUUUUGGGUGGGUGGGGUCAGGAAGCAGUCUAUGAAUUCUGCGGUCCUGUCUGUGUGGUCUUUGAGUACUGCAGUCGGUUUACUUGGGAAUCUCGGGGGCCAGGAUAUGGACAGGUAAACCUGUGUGUGUGUUUUGGCUUCACAGCCUGAUACCAGACUGCCUUGACAGCUAACUCUCUUUAGGUCAUGUCUUCUAGCUCAUUUCUCCUCCCAAGGCUGCAUGUGUGGGGUGUUUUAUACCCAGAGAUGCUUAUUUAAGAUUUGCUUAAAUUGUAUCCUAAAUAUUGGCAUUUUAUGUGUAGACACCCUUUAAUAUCUGAACUAGUUAGAUUGGGGUGGUUCAAAGUAGAAUGAAAGAUGCUGGCACUGAAUGGACGUUUUGUGUACAUUUCAGUUUUUUAGAACAAACUGUGCUUUUAAUAUUGCAAAAAGGUUUAAUAUGCUCUAUAAUCAUAAUCCAAAUAUUGACACAUGUUUCUAGGACUAAGUAACGAGUUGUUUGUUUUUACCUUUUAAUAAUACAUGGGACUGUUAUAUUAUAAAACUAGCCAGAUCUUUAAAAAAAAAUUUUAUAUUUUAUUGUGCAGGUGUUGAGAGAGCGUUCCAUCUCAUUUAAUGUUUUUUUUAUACUGUUAACCCUGAGUAUAACUCUCUCCUAAGGUGUAUAAUGCUCAUUUGCUAAUCUGCUCACUCCAAAUCUCAAACCCUCCCUAUCCUGUAUUUUACUCUCCCCUCUGUUCCACAAAGAUUUCUCAACCUUUUAAAAGUGAAUACUUUCCUGUAUUUGGACACAUUUUCUAUGUAUAUUUGUAUUUUUUUUUUUUUUUUUAAAAUCUUUUAAUAGUGCUGUUUAACUACUGCAAAUCUGUUUAUUUUCUAUCCUGUUCAUUUUAUUGUCUUACUUUAACCAACAACCCUCUUCCUUGCUCUUCAAAUAUUGCAUUGGGUAUGUCAUGUUCAUGUGCUGUCUCCAAAUCCUGUAGCCCCAAUGUCCUGCUAUUCUCUGCUUCUCACAGCUCUGCAACUGCAAACCUAAAUGUUUCCACUUUAGUUUAUAGAGCAAAAUUCUUCAUCUUCUAUAACACAUAUUAAAUCUGGUACUGGUAACCAGAUGCACACUGUUAAAUCUAACUGAUUAUUUAUCAUACCCCCUUGGGAACUGGUAAAGUUCUAACCUUCAAUUACUGCUUCACCUGGGGUGACUUGCAUCAUAAAAUCUUUACCAUAAAGGCAAAAUAGAUAGGGAGAGUAAAGGACUUUUUAAUUCUAUUUAAAAAAAAACAAGCAAACAAUUUUUAGAAAGCCACAAUUUCUGGCUUAUUCGGUCAAGGUAAAAUGUCUCCCAUAUGUGCAAGAACAUAUAUUUUUGGGAAAUUCACGACAUGCUGAGUGUGAUCAUGACAGUCCCUCCCCUGAACAGGAGAGAAAAAAUGCCUAAUGCUUUUUGAAUCUUGUUCAAUCAUCCAUCAUUUUUGAAAUCACAUAUCCUAUAUAUUUGGUUUGAAUAAUUAAUAUUUUGUGUGAAAAUAAUUUUAUGAAUACAAGCCUGUAUUCUAAACGCUUUAGUGUGCCUGUCCCUAAUUAUAUAGGUCCCCAACCCACCCCCUGUGUCAUAAAAAUAAGACCCUUGACGCUACUUACCUCACCCCUCUGACGGCCUUAUGGCAGCGACCUGUCCAAAACCUGAUAGAGGAGCAUUGGGAACAUGAUGUGCAUGCAUGGUGAGUGCCACAUGUGCUUCCAAGCUUCCCCAUAGGAAAGCAUUAAAUCAGUGCUUUCCAUGUCACCUUAUGCUAUCAGUGCAGCGGAAGCGCCUCCAGUGGUUGUCAGUGUAACUGCCCCUGGAGGUGUAUUGAAUCCUUUAAGGUAAACCUUGCCAUUUUUGCAAAAUGGCAGUGUUUUACCUUCAUGGUUUAAAUUGACAGGACCAUGGCACCUGGGACACCUUAACCUUUAAAUCAUGGGUCGUCAAACUGGUCCCUACCACAUACUAGUGGGCGUUUCAGGAUUCCAGGUGGGCGGUAGGGAUUUCCUCAUUUGGAGAGAUUGGGUGGGUGGGCGGGUGCGAGCCGGCGGUACCCCUGCGACUGGGUACCGCCAUUACCAUUUGCGGCCCGGGCGUCAAACCGCCAGGGCCGCCGUCCAAGGGGUCCAUCGGGUGGCCCAUGCUGUCAGGGCCACCCAAUGGGUGUGGAUUGUGAGGGGGCCCGGUCAGUGCUGGGCGCUUUAACAGCAUGACUGGGCCCCCUGUGAUUACAUCACACGCUGGGAGGAAGUGACUGCACGUCACUCCUCCCAGCUAACACUGAGAGCUGCACGGGAGGAAGACCAGGGAGUCAGAGUGGGAGCUCUGACUCCCAUCCACCUGAGCCACCACUGGACCCCAGAGAAAGUCACCCUCCUGCACUUUAAAGGUAGGAAACAGGAGGGUGACUUAAAUAUAAUGUGUUUGUUUGUGUGUGUGUCUUCGUAUGUAUGUUGUGCGUGUGUGUGUCUUCGUAUGUAUGUUGUGCGUGUGUCUUUGUGUGUAUGUGUGUCUUAUGUAUGUGUCUUUGUAUGCAUGUCGUAUAUGUGUGUCUUGUCUUUGUAUGUGUGUCUUUGUAUGUAUGUCUUAUGUGGUGUGUGUGCCUGUUUGUCUGUAUGUAUGUGUGUGCCUGUCUGUUUGUAUGUGUGUGUAUGUCUUGUAUGUGUGCCUGUCUGUUAUAGUGGGCUACCUAGCUCAGCCUUCCUACUGGGCAUUGCUAUAAGUAAGGUUAAAAAAUAGAAAAAAGGAAGAAAAAAAAGGUGGGGAGGGGAAUUGAGGAGGAAGAGGAGGGGAGCUGACGCACAAAUGAGAAAUCAUAUUAUGAGCAAACAGACAAGUCGUCUGAAUAUCACCGAAAGAGGAGACCUUCAUUUGUUCCUUAUGAAAACCGAACCAGAUAUCAAAUAUUUAGUCUUGCAGCAUCAGCCUCAAGGUUCUCAUUAAUCGCUAGUAAAGGUAAUUUCAAUUUACUUUAUUGUUUUCUCAUUAAACUUUAUAAAGUUAAAAACAUUAUAAACAUGCAUUAAGUAGAAAUAAAAAGAUAAAUGUACGUACAUUUUUUUUUUUUUUUUUUUUUUAAACUCCCUCCUUUCUAAAAAAUAUUCUGCACUUGCUCGAAAACUGGUGGGCGAUAAGGACAUUUUUCCAUUAAGAAAGAUGCAUUAGUGGGUGGUAGGAAGAAAAAGGUUGACUACCACUGCCUUAAAUACUGCUCUUUUGUUGGCAAUUGUUAAUUUUUGAUGUUACUCCUUGUUUGAUUUUGUAAAGUGAAAGUUGUAGCUAAAUACAAUCAGUUUGUUAAUAAAACCAUUCAAACCUUCCUUUCUAUUAGCCUAAAGAAACUUUUAAAUAGUAAUGUUUUUGUGCUGUAGGAUAACUGUUUAAACUGCCUCACAAGCUACUCCGUAUUUACACGUCUUCGGAUUUCUGGCCAUCCACUUCAAACAACCCCUUGUAACUUCAAAUCUCAACUCCACGUUAUUACUUUUUGAUGGUAAAAUUUUAAUAAAAGUACCGCAGUUACAAAAAUGUGAACUCGUGGGUAGGGCCCUCUAUUCCUUUUGUAUCAAUGUGUUCAUUGUUUUUUUUUUUGUUUUUUUUUUAUAUUCUGUAGAACUAGCAAUGUUCUGUUUUCACAAAUUGUAAACCUCUCUGGAUCAGGGUUCCCUUGACCUUUUUUUUUUUUGUACUGAUCUGUGUAUGUUUUACUUUUUCCUCUAUUGUGCAGUUCUUUGGGAUAUGUUGGCACUUUAAAUACCAGCAAUAAUAAUAAUAUUAAAUGCAUUGCCAGCCACUUUCCUGGCCAUCAUCGUGAAUAAUGGCUGAUGAGAAAAUGCAUCUUCCUACACUUUCCCAUACAAUCUUCUAUAGACCUCUGUUAUAUACUCUUGCACUUAUGCAAGGAUACAGUGGUGACAUUCAGACACUGGAUCAAGUGCUAGUUGAUGCAGUCAGAGUAUCUGUCCAACUGGCCCUUUAAAUAAAAGCAGUAUAUAACUUUGGCAAGAGGAGGUGGAGGACAGUAGAUCAUGGGGCCAAACUUGCAGAUGUUGCUUAUAAAUGUUCCUGAACUAAAUCUUGCUCAGAUGAAAUGGCUUAUACCUUUUUUUUCUUUUUGUUUGCAGUUUUGUUUGCACUUUCCCAUACAAUCUUCUAUAGACCUCUGUUAUAUACUCUUGCACUUAUGCAAGGAUACAGUGGUGACAUUCAGACACUGGAUCAAGUGCUAGUUGAUGCAGUCAGAGUAUCUGUCCAACUGGCCCUUUAAAUAAAAGCAGUAUAUAACUUUGGCAAGAGGAGGUGGAGGACAGUAGAUCAUGGGGCCAAACUUGCAGAUGUUGCUUAUAAAUGUUCCUGAACUAAAUCUUGCUCAGAUGAAAUGGCUUAUACCUUUUUUUUUCUUUUUGUUUGCAGUUUUUAAAUGGCAUUAUGCUGGUAGGUUGCCAACUGAACACAGUUUGUCACAUAUAGUUGUACUGUUUUGUAAUGGAUUAGUUUUAUUACAUUUAACUCCGCUUUUUGCUUUGUGUGGCUGCAGCUGUAUUGUCAAAUCUAAUCCACUUUAAUAAAAUAUCUUCCUUUAAACAAAUGUUCUUCCCCAGAAUUCAAGAAUCUCUUGUAGGCCAUGUCUCCAAGGACAAUGUUGUCCUUGGCCAAUAGUACAUAUACUGCUGUUUAUCAUGCCAUGCCAUUAUGGAUGUGCCAUUAGUUGCGAUGGUACAAUGGUAUCUCUGAUUGCAGAGCUCUGACACUGCACUACUAAUGAUGCAAGGUUAUUCUCGAAUGCUCAUCAAUAGUAUCUAUUAUGUAAAUAUCCAGAAUGAAUGUGCAUCUAUUAGGUGUGAGACAGCCUCAUUUAUCAGGCCCUUGGACUUGUACUACUUGCCUGCUUAGCAUAAAAUGUCCUGUCAUCGAGCUUUCAGCUCCUUAGCAAACUGUUAGACUUCUGUUGUAGAAGGAUCCACCGCAACUCUUAGUUAGGAGGGGUAUAUUGAAGCAAAUUUGGUAAGAUCUGUAUGAACAGGAUACAGCAGGGCACUUGCCAUCAUAACUGAUUCUUUUAAUACGUAUUCCAAAUAUAGAGAACUAUGAAAUAGGAAUGGCAAAAGUGAGGUUAAAAUGGAUAUUCUGUGACGAUAGCAGAGAUGGCCUAUUUUUAUUUAUUUAUAUAUUGUAAUCUGCUAUUUAAAAAAAAUUAAAAAUUUUAAGAAAGUAAAAUAAACUUUCCAUUAGGAUUGCAAAUUGCUACAAUAUGAAGAUUAAUUAAUAAACGGUGUGAGAUUACCUACCAGACAAACAUAUUCUCAAACAUAUUUCCCAGCCCUGUCUUAUAUUUUAGAACGGUCAUUGGAGGUUCUUGUUUUUUUCCCCCUCCCUGUCUCUAAAUGAUUAAUUAUGCACUUAUUUUCCAUAGGCAUAUACCGGUAUGUAACUAUUGUAUGUAAUGCAUUUUUUAAAUAUGUAUGUAUAAAAUAUUAUUUUUGUUUUGGUUACUAGAUUGUAAACUCAUUUGAGCAGUGCCUUCUUUAUCUUUUGUCCCUGUUCUAUUCCGUAUGGUAAGUACUUUGUUGUCAAAUAUUCUAGAUCUCUAUCUCUGUAUCUCUAUCUCCAUCUCAAUUAAGGCAAUGAUAGCUGAUUUUUAGAUAUUCUAUUGUCAUAACUUGGUUUUGUAGCUAUAGUUUGUCGUUUUAAAUUUACUAUAAUAUACUAUUUAGUGACAACACACACUAUAGCUACAAAACCAAGUUGUGACAAUAGAGUAUUUUAAAAUCGGCUAUCAUUGCCUUAAUUUUGCCAUCUAGCUUUUAAUUAACUACAAUUCGAAGUUUAGUGAAAUCACAUGUGAUCUCUGCCUUGUAAGAAGACCCCUGCACAAACUUUGCACGGCAAAGCUUCUGAAUUAUUUGCAUAAUUUGGCUGGAGUGGAGCGCCCUAUUGAUAAUUUGUGUAACCCUUUGCGUGACAAGAUGUGCAGUCUCAGACAUCCAGUGAGAGUGAGAUUUUAAGUGUAUUUAAUACCAACAUGAAUACCAAUGUUCUGAAACUUUUGUUCAUGGUUGGCUGUGUCUGAUGCUGGUAAUGAGCGGUACACAUCGAGCGUUCAGGAGCCAGCGAUGUCCUUUUAAAACAUGCAAAGCCUGUGAGAGGCUGUGGAAAUCUCCCCCCUCUCCACAGAGUGCUUCUGACAGGCGCAUCGGCUGUUGUAUGUGAGAGCCUGAAUUAUUAAAGCUGCCUUUGUUUAUUAAAUUCAUCCCCAGGCUUCGGUAGCAUGUCUGACUUAAAUAGAGCGUAAUGUACGGUCUUCAUUAGAGUCUCAUUUUAAUAGAUAUCCAAGGAAGAAGGCAAAGGAAGGUAGAAACAAUCAAGGUAGGUUCUCUCCAUUUGCUGUUCUAGCUAAAGAGUCUGUUUUCUACGCCAGGAAUUGUGUUAAUGACAACUGACUUGCAUAAAACAGGUUUUAAUAUAUUUACCACAAAGAUAUACUACAUUUGUGUAGAAUAGGUGGAUAUUUAUUGGGGUAAGGUGAUUUUCUGUUAUGGUUGCACAAAUUAAUUAUUUACUGAAAAUUAUGCAAUGUUUUCAAAGUCAUUUGUAAAGGUUAUUAUUUAAUUUAAAUUUUUUUUUUUUUUUUUUAAAUCAGAUUGUUUUAUGUGUGUGUUUUUUUUUUUAAUGUUGUACUUCUCCGAUAUCAAGUGAACCUUUUAGUAUUUGUCUUAUCUCGCUGUGUUGAGUAUGUUCAUGCAAAUAAAACCUAAAGUUCUUUUUACAUAUAGCUAUCAAAUUCCUGUAAGAUUCCCAACAUUCCACUAUAUGAAUAACGUACACUAAUACUGCAUGUUCCCAGGAACUAUUUCAAAUAAUUAAAAUCAUAAAGGCAGUAUCUUCUGAGGGCUAUGUCUCAAUGUAAACAAUUUUAGAAUAUCACCAUUUAAAAGGCACAAUUUUCAAUGUCUCUUAAAUUGGAUGACUGCAAUGAUGCUGCUUUCGUAUAGCUGCAUUAUCAUUCAACCACCAGGAAAAAAAGAAUUUGAAAGUGAGGUUGCCAGGUUUAGCUUAAGGAUAUAUAGGGUUGGGAGUCGUAUUUGGUGAAAUAGGGUUGGGGAUAUGGGUUUCAGGUCCUGUGGACUAAUUCACAUGAUUUUGGGUACCCCACCCUAGAGUCCUAAGUCUACAGUGUUUAAAAAUACGGCACAUACAAAUUCAGUGACAAUAGGUGGUUGUUGUGUGUUCUAUUUAUAUUAAAGGGAAUAAAGUCCCAAUGCCCCAGGAUUGUACUCACACCUGUAUUGAAAAUAUUGCUUUGGUUCAUGGUUGGGCUUAGUGAUGCCUGCCAUCCCAGAUUAUAUGAACUCCAAGAUGCUCUGUCUGAGGUUGUAUGGGACUAAAUAGACAUUAUCUGUUCAGUAUGGCUCUGACAUGGAGGAAAAUAAGAGUAUUGUGCUUUAUGUAGAUGGCAACUGCUGUUUCUGUGGUUCAUUAUAAUGAGCAAAUUCAGAUUUUGAAUAAUCAGCGAAACUGUAAGAGUUUAUAUUUUAACAAACAUUGUAGGAUCUGUUUGGUCUGGUAGGAAUUGGGUGCCAAUGAAAAAAGCAGGUGCUUAAAUGGUCAACCCAGACCCCUAAACCAACUUUUGCUUGAAGAGUGUGUCCUCUUUUUAUCAUUUUGCAAAAAGUGCAGAUUUCAAUAGAAAUUUACACUUUUCUAAAUUAACCUUGCCACCCCCUUAAAUUUCAAGCAGACAACAGGUCCUGUUAUUUCCUGGUUUUGUUGGCUCAAUGCAGCUGAUCUCAAGAGGCAACAAUUGUCCAGAGCACCUGACUUACAAAGACUUCUCAUUGAGCUGCAUUGGGAAGUCUGUGAUUGGACAACCACAGAAAGUCUGGGCGGGUUUCGAAGGGGAGAGCUUGCAAAGGCAGCAGACGAGAACUGCAGGUUUUGCAAGCUGGUUUUGGAUCUAUUCCCAAUGAAAAGAUAUAUAAUUAAAUGCAUGCAAGUUUUCAUUUGUGGUAUAUCUACUAAAUAGUGAUUUGUAUUUGGGCAGUGGAAUGUCCCCUUAACUAUCAGCUGACGUUUGCAGUGUAUAACCAAGUGUUAGCAAUGUAUGGUUGCUGCACUUAACUCCUCAGUUUUUAAUUGUCAGAUAAAUACGUUGGCUAUUAUUCUCAUGUCUCCACGUGUUCCACAACUAUUGGCAAUCCCAGCUUUCAGUAUUGGAGAGAAGCAGCAGGAUACAGGAAGGUAGUUUUGAAGCUAAAUCAGUGUUAAAAUCUAUGUAAAUUCCCCUUUGGCUAGGACUAAUGUGUCAUUGUGAACUUGCUUAAUUAAGCUAAUGUUUUUCCAAUGUGUGGCAAAUAUUGUGUGGAAAAAAAAAAAAUAUAUAUAUUUUCAAAGAAUAGACUUUGGAGCAAAAUCAAGUCAAUCUGCAAAUAUAAUACGUGUUAAUGCUCUAAAGUGCAAGUACAAACAAAAAUAUGUUUACCUUUAAGAUAUGAUCACUUUGGGAUAAAACCAAUCGGCGUGUGAACACGUGUUAUAUUUGCACAUUUACUUGAUUUUGCACCAAAGACACUUUUCUCUAAUAUACACUUGGAAUUGUGAGAGGCAAAUUCUGUCUUUUGGUAGUACAUUAUUCGGUAUUUUAUAUUUAUUGCACAUUAUCAAGUUUGUAUUUUGCAGUUUUUGAUAGAUUGGAUAAGCUUGCUGUCUGGUAAUAGAAGGGUUAAUACCGUAUAUACUCUAGUAUAAGCAGAGUUUUUCGGCACAUUUUUUGUGCUGAAAAAGCCCCACUCGGCUUAUACUCGAGUCAAGGUCUGUAUUAUGGCAACUUACAUUGCCAUAAGACAGACCAGGACCGCCGGGCUCAUUACAAGCCCGGCGGUCCUGUUGGGGGCUGGAGCAAGCUCUUACUUACACUGUGAGCUGAACAGAGCUGCUACAAAGGUAAGUCUCGCGACACCCGCGGCCGUCAGAGUGUUGCCACGGGUUACCACGCAGACCGCGAGACUUACACUGUGAGCUGAACGGGGGGAGCUGAACAGAGCUGACCGGAGCUGCUACAAAGGUAAGUAAGAGCUUGCUCGGCCCCUGCACAGCCCAUGUCCACAUUAUUUUAUUCCCACAGCAAAUCAUUGGAGGUCCCUUCUUCUCCCAGUUGUGCUGUGUUGGGCGCAAAGGGUAGAAUGGCCGUGGUAGGCACUAGUGAUGGCUCAUUAUAUAUCUUUGAUACACAGAGUGGGGAGGUGAGUUGAGCUCUCAAUUUGUUUAGUAAUAGGGCAUCAUAUGUUGCUCUUUGGUUUUGGAAUAUAUCCUAAUUUGGACCACCAGGGAUUAUGGCCCGGUAACAAGCAGGGAGGGGGGCUAAAAAAAUAAAUUAAACAAUUCAAUAAGAAAAUAAUAAAUAUAUUAAAAUAAUAAAAAUAUUUAAGUAAUAAUGCCAUCCCCCCACCCAGUUUACACACACUGCAUUCUAUAUAUAUACACACACACACUGCAUUCAUUGUAUACAUACACUGUAAAUAAAUAUUAAAUUAAUGUAAUUUUAUUGGAAUCUAAUUUUAUUUAGAAAUUUACCAGUAGCUGCUGCAUUUCCCACCCUAGGCUUAUACUUGAGUCAAUAAGUUUUCCCAUUAUUUUUUUUUGUGGUAAAAUUAGGGGCCUCGGCUUAUAUUCGGGUCGACUUAUAUUUGAGUAUAUACGGUAGGUAAAAGGUGUGUGCUCAGCAGUAUAAGUGUUUAGUUUUGUAACAAAACUUUCACAGCUUGUAACUAAGGUUCUCAAGGUCAGCCUGUGGUGUGAGGAGUUGUCCUACGCAGUGCCGUCGCUGGGGGGGGCAAAGGGGGCUAUGGCCCCCCACUACAUCAUGCUGUGCCCCCCCUUGGUCCCCCCCCCCAAAUGCCAGCAACUUGCUGGCCAUGUUCUUACAUUCAAUUCCCUCGGACUGUAACAGCCUGUUACAGCCCGAGGGAAUGCAGGACUGAGGUGCUGGGGGCUGUCUGUGGCUGGAGGGAGCACUGACAGGCUCCCCGGCACAGGCCCUGCCCCCAAACAAAGCCCCGCCUCCCGCACAUAAGCCCUGCCCCGCCGUUAAGCAGCCAAGCAUGCUGCUGCUAGAAAGGAUAGAAGAUGGCUGUCUGACCCCCAGCAACAGCCUCCAGUGACAGGUAGGUUUAAUAUGCUUGUGUGUCUCUGCCAGUGAGGAAGCUUGUGUGUGUGUGUGUGUGUUUGAACUCAGCAGUGUGUGUGUGUGUGUGUGGACUCAGCAGUCUGUGUGUAAGUGUAUAAAUCAGCCUGUGUGCAUUCAGAAAUCUGUGUGUGUAUUCAGCAGUCUCUCGGUGUUCGUAUUCAGUGUACGAUGUGUAUGUACUCAGCAGUCUAUCAAUAAUUACAAUUUUUAUUCCUGUGAGUUGUUGUGUAGGAAGGGCCCCAGUGCACUGCUUUGCCCGGGGCCCUUAACACUGUUAAGAUGGUAUUGCUUGUGUGUGUCAGUGAGCUUGUCUUUAGUGAGCUUGUGUGUGUCCCUGAACUUCUUUGUAGUGAGCCUUGUAUUUAUACAAGUGAGUUUUUCUGUAGUAAGCUUGUGUGUGAGCCAGAGUUUUUUGUCUGUCAGUGAGCCUAUUUGCGCAUGUCAGUGAGCUUGUGUGCUCACUGUACAAUAUAUAUAUUUUAUUAUAUAUUUAUUUAUUGAUUUGUAGGAAUGGCAUACAUUUUUUUCCAGGGCUGCUUUGGAUUCCCAGUUUGGCUCUGCCAGCGAGUGCGCUUUACCGCUGAAUCAUCUGUGUGAGCUGCCGCACACUUUAGCCCUGUCCCAGACGCGUGAGCUGCUGUUGACAGGUACUAGUAGUCUAGAGAUUGGGACAUGGGGUAUAUGCUCAGCUAUCUGUAUAAUACUAUAGUGCUGUUCUCUGUAUAAUACAGAUCUCUGUGUGUAUAAUAUCCCGGGAUAGUCAGUGCUUCCUGUAUAGUGCUGCUCUUUGUAUAAUACAGGUCUGUGUCUGUAUAAUAUCCUGGAACAGUCAGUGUUCCCUGUAUAGUGCUGCUCUCUGUUUUAGGAUAUUAUACACAAACAGACCUGUAUUAUACAGAGAGCAGCACUAUACAGGGAGCACUGACUGUCCAGGGAUAUUAUACACAGACAGUAAUUGAUAGCUGUGCUGCAAAAUAUCCUUGGAAUUUUUUUCUAAUGUUGGCAACUAUGGCACUGUGUAUCAAGGGAAAUGUGUUUGUUUUUUUUUGUUUUUUUGUUUUUUUAAUUCUUUAUUUUUGAUGUGCAGAUGGUCACAAUAUAUCAACAAACGCCACAACAGCGUAUUUCAAGUUUCAUACAAGGUAGACAGUGGCAUGAUAAUUUGCACAAUUUUUAUAUUUAACAUGCUUAACUAAACAGUUGAUAUGACCGUGUAAGAUUCGAUUAGAUAAAAUGAAGAUAAUGAUGCUGGGUGUUAUGAGGGACUGCCUCAUUUUAUAUUAUUUAAGCAUUCAAUAAGAUUACUAACAAGAGUAGCGUAUUUAUAAUAAAGUAGAUGACCAUAAGCAAAACAUUGAGUGUAUUAUAACAGUUCUAUGUCAGGAGGAGCAAUGCUUGUGUGUUAUAAAUGUGGCAGGGCGGUAGUUUAUUACUACAUGCCUAACUAAUCGUGCUUAAGACCAAGCUGGGUGCGUUUGGGGGAACAGAUGUGUGGCCCAAGUGUAGUGUGCCAGGUUAAGAAUGACAAAGUAACCUAAAGUGAAGCAAAGUAAAACACUGCCCCUUUCUACAAUGCACACAUUGAGAGGUAUAAAUACACGUUACUGGCCGUUAUUUCAAGCUAGGGCAUAGUAGCUAUUCAAUUGUCGGUUAUUUUCAUACAGGCUCUGCGACACAACAAUAGUUACGAGCAUUUCAGGAGUCAUAGUCCUGUGGCAAAUAAGAAAAAUAAAAGCACAUUUUUUGAGAGUAAUAAACAAGCAGAUUCAAGUUUUGUCAGAUAAUGAGAUGACCGUUAACACAAUUUAAACAUAUUGAGUAGGCUGACAAUAACACUGUCAAGGAAGAAGUCUCGUAAUUUGCUAAACUAUAAUUAUUAAUGCUGUAGCUUAGUGGCCGCUUGGUGUCAUUCGUGAGGGUACGGCAGAUUUUACAUUGGUGUUAUAUUAAUGUGUGCCUUGUGAGCUAGAAAUUAGACAACCUCCAUAUCUGGGUCAUUCUGGCUUGUUAACUAAGAGGCAAAACAUUCUCACAACAGGGCAUACGAUUCAUUACAUUAUACCGGUAAGAGCAUCGACUGGCAUGCUGGAACAACUUGACUGGCAUAUAAACAUUAAGGCUGCGGUAAGCUAGGUGAUAAGAUCAGGUGUGAGUGUGAAGGAGAUGGGCCCUCAGUGUACAUAUCCUAGCUCAUAGUGUCCAUGGCAGGUGGCACUGAGGUCUAACUUUGAGUCCAAUGUCAGGAUCAGCCGAUCCCCGUCGAUGGUAGUGAUGGUACCGGUUUAGUCCUCCUGCCGUCUUGGUGCUCCGCUUGGAUUGGUGUAGCCGCUGGCGUCGAGUGGUUCCAUGGUGAUAGAGCUGCGGCCGCUUCGCUUUCCCAUCCCAGGCUGAGACGGGAGUCAUUCCCUUGUGUCUAUGGGUCCCCCCGCGAUGUGCGGUAGGAUCGUGGGCCCUUGGGAGCACCGGUGCCCGGAUGACCUUUUGGGUGUAUGGGCGGUGGGUAGGGUGCUUUCUUUUGUGGCUUCCCAGUCCAGAUUGGGACCAGGCGAUCCCUGCUACAGUCCGCUGUUUGACACGGGGAGUUGAGCGGUGAGGAUGGCUGUGAGGGAGCCGGAGGCCAGACGCAGCGGCCAUUUUGCGUGUACCUCGUGGACUUUGAGGUAGGCUGUCGUCUUGCUUAGGUUUUGCUGGCUGCCCUUGACGCCCCCGGGCCAGUUUUCUCCAAAACUCGUUGAAUAUCACGUCCAGCCUUGCGGAGAAGUCUGCUUGCUCAGUGAGGCAGUUAGUGGGACUCUCUGUGCUCUCCCAGGGUCGCGUGGGUGAGACUGUGGCUGCUGACUUUGGUGCUUUCUGUGGCUGUAUGGAUUCAGUCGGCUGUGUGGCAGUAAGUGACCCUAGCGGGGACCGGGAUAACCCCCCACCGGUCCGGGGGGGGGGGGUGACAGGGCUGUUGUGAGCCUGCCGUUGGGUGCUUGUUCUGUGUCGAGGGACGGCUGCCUCCCCCAGACACAUGGCCCUACUCAGGGCUAGGCCGCAUGGUCGGACAGAGCGGUAUCUUGGCGUAUUUAUAAGGGACGGGUUUCCCUCUGGUCCCUGCUUGUUUCUGCUUCGUCCUCCGGUCAGCCCGACCUUCUUUGGGUGUCGAUUCAAUCAUAAAUUGCCUAUUUUUGCUCAUUAGUGCUGGAGCUCUUGGAAAUGUGUUUUUUAAUAAUCCCUGGUGGAAAAUAAUGAAUACUCCACCAGGGAUUAUUUAAAAAAAAAACAAAAAAAAAACUGUCGGGGGCGGGUCUUAACAUGCGGCAGGGGCGGGGUUAAAUGUGCCCCCCUACUUUUGUCCCUGGCCCACCAUGUGCCCCCCCUAAAAAUGAAUCCUAGAGACGCCACUGGUUCUACUCCCAAUUAGAAGUCUAUUUUCCAGUUAGAUUAGACAAAGAAAGGCGUAUGCUAAACCUGUCAAGAUAAAAUUCCUUUCUGGCUGUUUCUAAAAAAAAAAUGUUUUUAUCUAGAAUUCUUUUACUGAUCUGUAUAUAUUCAAAAUCUUAAUGUGUAUUGGCUCGGAUGUUUUGACUGCGUCUCCUCUGUUGCAGUAAAGAUGUGAUUUUAUACUUCCACUAUUCCUGCCUCUGGUGCAUUGUAAAAGUCUUUUCAGGGUAUUGUGGUAACAAAUGUACCCUGAGUUUAGUUGUGUACUCUGUAGCUAUAACUUUGGAUGUGGCGUGUCCAUGAUUUAUAAAUGUAGAUCCCAUGCAUUUAGCUCUCUAGCUAAUUUUUUAUUUUUAUUUUUUUUAGCUUUUGCUUGACAGACUGCAAGAACCUUGGGAGUUAUUGUCCAAUAAAAGUGAACCUAUGUUGGCUAUCUCUGAUCUUGCAGCAAUUAACAAAAAAAUCCCCAUGGGUUCCCCAAUGAGUUAGGGGACUCAAUGAGAGGGAGCACAGCGGGGAAAAAGGAGAGGUGAUGACAGAGGGAAAGUAGUAACAAGGUAAAAACCCUACCUUUAUUGAUACUAGUUUAAAAACAGGGAGAAAAAAGGUUACAAGUGUGUUUGUUUGUACACUAGGGGAGGAUAAAUAUUAAAAUGAAUGGUAUAAAGCAGGGAUAUAUCCCUAGAUGGAGGUCCCUAGAUUCCUCCUCUUGGGGGGGAGAGAGGAACAGUAGUAUGGAUGCAAACUUAGGUUUGAUAGGGGUGACUGUUAUUGAAGUUAACCGGCUAAGCUCAACAAAAAUAGUCUAAGGAGUAGACCACACACGGUAUAUUGUGUUGGCUUUGAUCUGUAACCAGUCCCCCUGGAGAUUGGAUAUCGUGGAUUGCUCUGCAACCAGAGUUAACCACUUUAUCUUCUCACCAUAUCUUUGUAGUUAUCCCUGAUCUUGUAUUGCCAUUGACAGUGUACUUAAAGGGUGUGUGUUUACUCUUGUCCAUCCAAUUACUGAUUAACAAUCUAUGAACAAUGAUGCAUUUUAGCUGCUGCAAUAUAAAUAUCGGUUUCAUUAAUUGAUGUAGUGUUUGUUUGCAAGUGUUUAGGCUGCCGGAGAGUGUUGUGUGAUCUGAGCCUGAGCGCUCGGGCCUUUAAUGAUUCCACCUGUCAGAAAUUCAAACCAGCAAUUUGUCAUUGGUUGUGUCUGCAAAGCAGUCUGAAUACUGCUUGCAUAUUCUUAAUGAGGCAGAAGUCACAAAGUAUAUCCUGUAAUCAAUCCUGUGACCAAUUUUGUUUAUUUUUCCACUUCUCUGACCAGAAAUAGUCUUUUAGGAUAAUAUCACCUCUUUUUUGGCAACUGUUGCCAGAGCAGGAUUUGCACACUGAGGGUAAGCAUGAUUCCGUGUAAAUUACAAUUUUCAUCCAAUCGGUUUCCUGCCUGAGCAGCAACAUAGAAUACGCUAAAGGGUUUUUUAGUUUUGGUUUGGCAAAAGAUUAAGAACUGUUUUCUAAUUGGAGCAACAGAACCCAAGUACUGCUCGCCUUCAUUAUCGAAUGACAAGCAUACAAUUUUUGGAUUUCUCUCCCGUCUCCUUGAUGUGCUGUCAAUCCUCCCUCCUUUUUGCAGUGUGCUGUUAAGUGUUGUUUAUCAUAGAACACACAUCUUUUUAUUUUAUUUUGUUUGUGGUUCCCCCACCAUACCACUUUCUUGGGACAAAUUUUUUUAUCUUUUCUUUGUUUUCCUGGUUUAUUAAAUCUAAGAGUUGUCUUUAUACUGUUCUACUUUGCAAAGACUUUGGACUUCAGGCUCUUCUACAAAGGGGUUAUUGAGACUUGAUUCAUUGCAAUGCUUGUAUGCCAUCCUGUUUGCAGUUGAGUUUCGUCUGACAGACAUGGCGUGAGUAAAAGACUGGCUAUGCCUGGUUGUUUACUGAAGGUGGCUGUUGCUGAUAAGCGAGUUGGAUUGCAUUGGGCCCAAGGGAAGAGAAGUUCAUCAUGCCAUGCCAACUGGAAUACUUUAACAGAUUUCAUUUCUGAAAAGCAGUUAAAAUGUUUUCUUUUAGUAUGGGUUCUGAGCUGUUGAAUACAUGUAACCUAUAUAAGACUGCAAAAAGGUCAGCUGUUCCCAACUUUUUUUAAUUUAUUUAUUUAUUUUAAUGAGCAAUACAGUUGGGGAGGUUUAUGUAGCAAAGCAGGUUUAAACACCAAUCAUGUACAGACAGAUAGUGAAGAGUGUUGUUCAGGAAAGGCAAACACAGUAUGUAUGUAAAGGGGAUUACUAUUACAAAGGAAGUGUGUGUGUGUGUGUGUGUGUGUGUGUGUGUGUGUGUGUGUGUGUGUGUGUGUGUGUGUGUGUGUGUGUGUGUGUGUGUGUGUGUGUGUGUGUGUGUAUAUAUAUAUAUAUAUAUAUAUAUAUAUAUAUAUAUAUAUAUAUAUAUAUAUAUAUAUAUAUAUAUAUAUAUAUAACACAAGGGGGCUGCACUCACCUGAACAUGCAUAAAUGGGGGUGCUGCUGGGGGCCAAAUAAUACAAUACACAAGAUCCAGCGCACUCACCUAUCCACUAAACGGCAACUUCAAUGUUGAAAGAUUUUAUUAGUUUUUUUAAAAACACCUAAUCUAGGCAAAAAUAAUGGGGGUUUAGUUACAUUAUAUGAUCAUACAUUGCAUAAGCCUGCCACAACGUCAAUGUACCCCAUCUUUGGCAGGUCCUACACUAACAGCCUAAUGUCUGCUCUUAUGAGAUUAACCACUUACUUGAGGAAAAAAAUUCCAUCUGGGGCUCUCUGCAGUACAAGGCUAAAUAGGGCUCUGGGAUGAGGCACCUGUGACAGGGAGGGGUGCAAAACCAAGGAGUUGGCUAGACUCCCAAAUAUAUAUAUAAAAUAAUUGGUACAUUUGAUUGUAGUGUUUAUUUUAUAGGCUCAUCUUCUUUUGUAAUGAAUUAUGCUAAUAACCUGGGCAAGUGUAUACAUGUUGGCCACCGGUAUGCACUCCAGGCCACCAUAAACAAAUAUUUUCAUGUUAACCUGUUGGUCUUUAUUUACUGUAUGCCAACCUUGCCUUGGUUCCAUUGUCUAUCAUUUUGUCCUUAACCUUCCUUCCAUUCCAAUCACCCUUUAUGCCAAUCUCUAACCCAGGUUCUUCUAUGCCAAGUAUUUUUUAACUACACAUUUUUCUUUAUAUAACCUCCUUCCGUGAUAUUUUUCCUCCUCUCCAUGUGGUUUUAUCACCUUUCCCUGAAUCUACCAGUAAUGCCUAUGCUAAUAUGGGAGGGUAAGGUGCUCAUUAAUCUCUUAAGUGUGUAGGAUGCCAUCUCCCUACAGAUGUCCCACAUGUAUGAAACCUCAAUUAGCAGAUCACCAAUUACAGGGAAACCAUGAACUUAUCUCUUGUAGAUCCUUUUAAAAUUGUAGAAUUCUGGGUCAUUCAUUAAUGACCAAACUUAUGCCUUUGGCAUAAUACAGAUUAGAUGCCUUGACAUGCAUGUUCAUCCUUGUUGCUUAUAAUGUAGCCUAGAAGCACUCUGCGCAGUUGCCAGCAUAGCUUCUUUGGAGAGAGUUGGACGAGCAUGCACAUGCAAGUUACUGAACAGACCAGACGGCAAACUCCAGGUGAGAAUGUGUCUCAAUAUAUAGAUAUAUGGAUACAAAGAUUUGCUAUGAUUCACGCACCCUUCUUCUUUAUAUUAUUGUGACCGACUGGAUGGACUUUCUAGUAUAGUGCAACUGACCUCUAAACUGCAGCGAUUCUUUCAAAUCAUGACUAUUAUUAUUGCACAUAUGGAGGCUGUCCAUGCAUAUUCUGGAUGCUUAUGGCUGGUGGGUUAUUGGUUACUACAUGUUGGGAUGUGUGUCCAAUCAUAAAUGGCAUUACUGACUAUGGUCAAGUAGUGGCACUAUUUAAAAAAAAAAAAGGUGUAAUUACUUUUUUUAAAUAGGUGUUAAUUCCAUCUGGCAUGUGUGCUGUACGACUGUUGCCCUUUCUGGUCUUUAUUUUUACAUUUUUGGGGGGGAAAUUGACAACAGGAAAAAAAAAACUGACACUUUUUUCCCUUUGGUUGACAUGGUGUACUAAAUAGUGAUAAAUUAAAGAUAUAAACUGCUUUAUGCGCCAUAAUUGCUUUGUUGGCAUAGACUGAAUAGAUUUUUGGCAGCAUUUGAUGCUGUUGGUGUGUCUAUGCAGUGUGCAGAGAGAUUCCGAAGAUGUUCCUUCCUUAUUAUACAGUAAUAGUAAAUAUUCAUCUUAUUCCCAGACAGGGACUAGCAGUUUAGUCAUUGGAUUUGUUUGACAAUAGAACGUCUGUACUGCUACUUUGUACCAUAAGAACUUAAUGGGUUAACAUGACUAUUAUUUGUCUGUUCUAACACAUCAUCCUCUGCCAUCCAUGAUCUGUACUAAAAGGUUAUAGGUGUUAAUUCGUUUAGCCAAUUGGCCAUUGCAAAAUGUAAUCUUUAAUAGCCAAUCUGUUCUAGUGGAGUUUGAGAAAAAAUGUCAGAUGAUUAAUUAUUGACUGUUGCAGUUUUUCUGUUCACUAGAAUUUGUUAUUCAGUUACUAAACCUAACAGUAUUUUUCAAUAUCUAUUGUGUUGUUGGCUGAUUUAGAUCUGUGUUUAUGCUUCUUUAUAUAGUGAAAAUAAAGUUGGCUCUUGGAUGGAGUAUGCAUUCGCAAACAUCCAUAAAAAAAGGAACUGAAUUAGCAGACUGCUUUCAAUCUGUUUGAUUUUUAAUGCUAGAAGUCGUGGUACAUAAAGUGGAAUGUGAAGUAUGCGCUGUCCGCUUAGGCUUGUAAACCACAUAAAAUCAAGCCGAAGAGAAUGAAAGUAUCUGGAAGUUUUAAUGCAGUCGCAGGUAGUCAUUUCAAACAAGAUGGAAGGAUAAAAUGGCUUGCUAUUUAUUUUUAGUGCUCCCCUAGUGAUGGAUGGGCACAAUCAUUGCCAUGGGAUGGAAAAUUUCUCUGCAAUGCCUCAAGAUAAAAUUGCUUUAACUUCAUGGUCUGCUAAAAAGCUGAUUGAAUGAUAUUUUAAAAUACAUGUGAUAUAAAAUGUUUGUGUAUAUAUCUAUCUAUCCUUAGGUUACCUGCAUAUAAGUAAACUUUAAACUCCAGUUUAAUAUACACAAACAGAACUGUUUACAUUGUGGAACCUUAAGAACUGAAACUUUUUUGAUAUGCACACCAUGAACCCUUUAAUAUACAAAUUCAUGUAUGUGAUGGCAUUUAAAGUUAAAGAAACAUGCAUCACUGGACAGUUCUAAAAAUAAAAAAUAAAAAAAAUGUUUAACCAGAAAGCAAACACUGGUUUAAAUAUGCAAACAAAAUUGCAUUGUUAGGCACACCUCUCCGGUAGUGGAAUUUGUACAGCCUCCAACCCAUACCAGUACACAUAACAGAAACGAGGCAUUAUUGUGCAAAAGGAGAGAGAAACCCAACACCGUAGCCUGCUCUGCAUGAAUUGCACUGAUCAGGCUCCAAUUCUUCUCUCACUCUGGAAUAUGUCAGACAUUCCCACGUUUCCAGCAUUUGUUGGGAUUAGUGUCCUCCUGGAAUGGGUGUGGAAAGCAUAAGAAAGAAAGAAGCAGGUAAGUAUCAUAUUUACUUGCUUUCUUAGUCUGCAGAGGGAGGCAACUCUGUCAUGCAAAGCUAAAGCUUUUGUUUGAGGCAGUUGUCCCCGUGACACAUGUCCCUUUAACAGUAGCUCAAGAGCAGUCCUUGUCCAUCAGAUUUCAUGAGACACUUCAGUUUUCUCUAUUUGGUGUAUCAUUUUGUCACAAUUGCUGAAGCUCCUGAGAGAACGCCCUUGAAAGGAAAUGCUUACCAUGUACCUGGCCCUCUGAUUUCCUUACAGAGGUGUGCUCCUUCUUAGCUCUUCGUUGAUUUACCAUGCUUGGGGACAUUUCCCCAAGCAAGCUAAACCUCCUCCUUGAAGCCAAGAUGUUGGCUUUGUUGCCAGCGUGCUGGAGUCUGAAUGUAGUAACGUCUUGUCACUCCAUUCCUAUACUCCCUAGAGAGUGCUAGCAGCUGUUGUGGUUGCUCUGGGUGGAGAACAGAGAGACCUCUCUCUUCUGCAUCAUUUUAAAAUAAGAUUUUUUUUUUUCUCCCCCCAAUCUAUACAUUUGGUAGCAAAACUGCCAGCAAAUGCAUAGAUGGAAUUUGAAACUCUUUUUUUUUUUUUUAAAGGAGCUAAAGUCAAUAUGGGCAUGACAGGAUCCCUUUAAAAUUGUUCAGAAAUGUUAAAGCUUUCCCAUAACUGCUUUGCCAAUAACCUGAUUUUAGAGAGGAUCGAUACUGCCUGAUUUGCAAGUGAUUUAGAGGGAUAGUCCUCUUCUAUGUUGUAGUAAUUUUAAUCUGUUUUAGAUUAAUGGUUGAAUGCACAAUUCAUGUUCAUUUGUGUGAUCAGAUUUUAUGAAAGUCUCUUAAAGGAUUAACAACUGUGUGUAAAUAUUAAAUGCCCAUUAGUUCUGUCGUAAAAGUGUGUGUGAUGCGAGUUUCUCAAGCCUGUGACUUUUUAAUUUGGAGCUAUGCUAAAAGUGUUGUGUCAAACGUCAGUGUGAAAAAUGUAAAUACUAAACCAUUACUGUACUUAAGGUAAAACAGAUGUGAAGAACUGGUUGGAGUCAUUAAGCUAAGGCAGUGCCUGAAUAGGGGAGCAAUGUGUUCGGGAUCCCAGGAUCCAGCAGUUUGCCGUGUAGAUGGUUUGGCAGUCGGUGGUGGUAGUCCCAGCGCCUCCAGGAGUGUGUGUGUGUGUGUUUCCAUUACAGUUUGCUAUUAGAGAUCCUUUUGUUCCCCACCUGUAGGCAAUGCCUGCUGUUCUUAGACUACUUGUGAUGGGGACAAAGGAUUUGGGUGGCUUUGGUCAGGUCUUCGUAGAACGUGAGGGAUACAUCCUCAAAGGCCAAAGGUGCCCUAUUUUUGAGUCCUGACAUUAUCUGGAUUUUAUCAUGGACCAUUGGGCACCUGAGUAUGACGUCUCAGGCUGCCGUCUGGUGCACCUUAGUGGAGCGGUAUAUCUCUUCAAUUGUCAGUUUCUUUGCUAUAGCAUGGGUCAGAAUAGUGGCUAAUAGGCGUCUGGCAUAGAAUGGUAGUUCGUUGGUCGCGAUUUCUGCAGGGACACCCCUGAUUUUUGUGUUUGUGCGCCGUUGGUGUUUUUCCAUGACUGUCAGCUGUGCAGACAUGGCCCUAUGCUGGGACCAGACCUGUUGCACCGAGUCUUGGAGCGUGGAAAGCUGGGAUUGUAUGAGAAUGAGAGUUAUGUCCUGUUCUGUAGCUUGCACCCUUUCUGUGAUUGUUUUCAUGCCAGUUUUUAUGGGUGCUAGCUCUGCUGACAGUAUUUUGUGAAAGUCCGAUAACACUUUUGGGUUGUACCUGGUAGUUUGUGUCAGGUCAGAGGAGGCUGUAGGCUGUGGUGAUGGAGCUUCUCGCGUGUCCAGCAGGGCCUCAGGCCCUGUCUGUUCAGGUCGGUAAGUGAGAGUUUCUGCUGGCAAAGGUUUAGGUGGCAUGGGCCUCUGCAGCAUGGCCCCUAUGUCCCUGCUGCCUGCCACAGCCUGCGGUUUCUGUGAGCGGUGGCCCAUAGCUGGCACGUGGGCUGUUGGGACUGCCAUCGUGGGGGUAGGUUUGUCUCUCUGCGCCGCAAAACAGUGCCUCCAGGCUUUGGAGCAUCCGGUAGGCCUCGAGUUUUCGCCUCCGUUUAGGCUGGUUGGGUGCCAGAGAGAACGGCAUCUAUGGACUCCGUAAGACUUAAGGAGUCCAGCUGGCUACUUUAGGAGGCUGGAUGGGCUGCGGGUAUCGAGAUUUUCGGCGGGUUAUAGACUUGUUGUGGGGAGCUGUAUAGAAUGGUGUCUGUUCAGGAUGAAAAUCAAGCUCUGCCCCACAAAAAUCCUCUAGUUUUUAAUGCAUUAUAUAACCAAUACAUUAAAAAGGCAAUUAAAAAUAAAAUAAUGAAGACUGGUCAUAUGCAUUAGUCCCCACUCCAGCAAGGGUUUAUGGGAUAAAUAGUUUAUUCCCAAAGAAUGGGCUCUGUUAUAAAUCACUCUCGUUAAAGCGUUGGACCCUGAGCCCACACAUUUCUGAAGUCUCUAUUUUUAUUGUGCCACUUGCAAACAUGUGCUUUUGUUGCAAUGCUCGCAGUGUCAAACGGGUCCAAAUAGGGCACAGCAUGUCAAGAUUUCUUAGUCGUCUUAGAUGAACUUUCUUUUGACAGUGUGAGGAACACACUUAUAGUAUGCUCCAAGGGCAUUCUAUAUCUAAUGCUAUCACUGCAGGAAUAGUCUUCUGGCAGACCUACGUAGAAAUAUAACUUAAAGAAGAAAUAGUCUGGGUCAUUAGCUUGGCUAAAUCAGUUGAAGAAGACAGCAGACCUACUUCAUAGAAGGAGCAGGCUCAAGAUGAGGGUUAUAGUGACAAAAUAAAUAUGAUAAAUCUUCUCCAGUUUCUCUCUACAAUCUUUGUUGUCCUAUUCCUGCACAAGCAAGCAAUGUCUCUGCAAAGGUGCCAUAUUUUGCUUUCAUUAACCUGAUAAUCUGACUUCAAAUUGUCAAGGCAAAAACUCAUUCUGAUCCAUCAUAAGAAGAUCCCUUACACGUUUAAGAGCCAUGGUAUCAACUUUUACCCAAAUAUGUUGGCUUUUGCUUCUCACCCUUUUCUUUUGUUUAGGUUAGAUCUCACACUAUUGAAUUAAUCAGAUGCACUUCAGUACCGUAUAUGGAUAUAUACUGGAUCUAAAUACCCACACUUUUCUCAUAGGUUUCCCUUAUCUAGAUUUUUUUUUUCCCUCUUGUAUAUUAAAAUGUUUGGUCAAUUUAAAAUUUCCUCAGUAGUAUUUUUUUUUCCCCCAUGUUUUUAUUUUGCUUAAUUCUUUUUAUUUUAUUUUAUUUAUUUUUUUACCCUAACAUGAAAAUCAUAAUUUACAUCAUUUACAUCCAAUUCCUUUACAUGCAGUCCAUUGUGCACUGUGUCGUGUAUUCUUUUCACACGUUCAUUGCGAAUAAAAAUAUGGGGUAUUAAACAGUAACGACUGGCAUGCGUUUAACUCUUGGCUAUUACCAUUUGUUGAUACAGGAAUAAGGAAUCACUUGCUAUAUGGAAAUGCUUUACCGAUUUUUAAAUGAUAUGCUAUUUCAUGUGGGUCUGGAUUUGCAUAGCAUACAAGUCUGAGCUUGCAACUUAAAUGUGUACAUCCCCAAACCAUCACAAUUUGUUUAUUUUCAUUUUUCCACCAUCGCAAUAAUGCAUAAAAGGAGUGGGAACUACAUUUUCUGUUUAAUAAAAAAAAAAAAAAGAAAAGAAAUGUUACAUCUGAAAACUGAAUCUUUUUGCAUGAUAGUUGCAUUUAAGUCUGUCUUUGUAUUAAGGUAUUUUUGAUGUAUAAAGAGUUAAAUAAUUUAUGUUCAUUAGUUUGCUGGUGUGUAAUUACACCCUUUGUAAACCACUUAAUACCAGCGGACACAAGCUGUGGACAUCCUGCAUGGGAGCAACUUAGAUCUAAACACAUUUGCAACAGAAUCAUUAUCUUAAGCAAUGAUUGUUACAAGUGUCAUACCUGCUGAUUAGAGGUCUCAGUGCAGUCAGAAAACUGUGUGAUAUUCCCUAGGGAUUCCAGGAUGCUUCUAGCAGAACAUUUGUGUGUUUUUCAAUCUGCUAAGGGGAGCAAGUCACCUUAGCAACGCUUGAACACAUCUGAAAUAGAGGAGGAGGCAGGAGAGGACUCUCAAGCUUGUGAAAUCCAUAUUUGUAGAGAAACGGCGAGGGAAUUUUAGGCCAAAACAGCUCAAAUUGAACUUUGCUUUUUCGGUCUUAGUGGUUGUGGUCUACAAUGUGCAAUAGAAUUCAAUUCCAUUGUCAAUUAUGUUCAAUUCCCAGUUUAGUGAAAAAGAUUCAUCGGAUAAAAGAAGGAGGUUUUGCGCACACGUUGGAUAAUGAUACAAUCUGCAACAUAAAUAACUAUCAUAGGACAGUAUGUAAAAACACUAUAUAUAAUAUAUUUGUACAUGUAAGUGUUUUUAAGGUGACUAAAACACUGGUUUGUUUUUUUGCCGCACUGGGAUUUAUUAUUGUUUAGCGCCACUUCACCUAUUUUCUGUUUGGAAAAACAUUCGUCGUCGCCACUACGAAGUGAAAGUCUCAUCGCAUACACCAGGGUUUCCAGUUAGAAAUAUAUUCUUUAUUAGGGCGGUAGGUUAUUACUUGCUUUCUAUUAUAGAUGUAAAAUGUCUCACAUGUGUAACAUUUGUUCUGAUAGUAAUUGAAUAAUUGAUUUAUUUUAUCUAAAUAUUUUCUCUUUAUGUACACACACAGAGUAUUGGAUCUAUAUUUUUAAAGGAACAAUAUAGCCAGAUGUGUUGCUAAGGUAAAAAAACACCCUGGGGCUUGAACCCCAAAAUAAUUUGCUCUGUUCCGAACGCCCCUCCGGGACUCCACCUCUUAACGUGUCUCCUGACAUGCAGUUAAUUACAGACACAGGCACACACAUAGACACAGAUGAGCGGACGCAGGCACAGACAGCCCACUUGUGUUUUCUCUCCUCAUAUUUCCCAGCCCUGGUGUCCUCCUCUAUCAAACUUCUUUUCUUCCUGGUGUUCUCUUCAUUUAAAAAUUUCCUUCCUAUUAUCCCCUUAUAUUCCAUACUUCCCACCCUUGAUAUAUGCCCCUCUAUUCUACACUUCCCAUCUCUGAUGUUGCUGUUUUCCUAUCAUUUUUUUGUUUGACUUACUUUCAAAUUCUAACUUCAGUGACUGGCUGCUGGCACUCUGUCUCAACCAAUUAAAUGUUUCCCCAUUCUAAAUUUAAGCUGCAAUGGCUUUAGUGUCUAUAGUGUCCCUUCCCUUUUAAGGUGAAAGUACGAAAUUAUUAGAAAAAAAAAUUCUGUGGAAUGGUGGUCCAGAUCGGUUUUGUAAUUACCAUCAAAUGGUGAUUGCUGACCUCGGAUAUAUUGUGCUUGCACUUAGCUGUGGUUCUUGCCUCAAGGGUAUUUUUACAAUUAUGUCUUGCUGCUUAAUGUACUCCUGCUACACCACUGUGCCUAUAAGUUAAUUUGGGACCUCAGAUUUCCAAGUAUCGAUAGCUUUAUAUCCCUGGCAGUUUGCACUAGUUUUUAACUACUGUUGUUAUGGCAAUUCAUAAUGUGACAGAGCUCUGAUGAGUCCUAUAGUUGGCAACUCAUACUGCUGAUGGUCUUUUGUUGUUGUGUUUUUUUUUUUUUUUUUAACACUAUAUUGUUAGAAAGGAUACUUUUUUUAUUUUAGGCUUUUUUAAUGCACUAUUCCCUCUCCUUCCCCUUAUUCUGUAUAGGGUUACACCACUUACUUGGCAAACUAUGUGAGAUGUUUACGUUAUGAUGAGCUGUGUAACACAACUGUGUAAUUCAUUACUAUGGUUACUAAAUACACUUAAUUGGGGAGUGUCUGAAGUUUGUGCCAAUUCUGCAGAUAUUUAAACUGUAAUGUGUACUAUAUCCUGCUAUAUAUGAUCAAAGGGUUACUCUAAUCCAUUGGGUGGGAGGGGGGGGGGGCCCUGUGUAAAACUUCACUGUGUAAAAUUUUCUAUAGGCACUAUAAAGCCUGCAAAAUAAAGAUUUUACGUAAUGGCAGUAUAGUGCCGUACAAAGCUCCAAGUGCAUGUAUUCUGUGCCCCCUGACAUCACAGUGGCCUUAUGUGGUCCAAUCACAGACUUUUUAUAUAGAUGAUCCUGCACUUCUAUCACUCUGCUGGUUCAAAGUGCAUACACUUAAAGGGAUAUAUUUUAUUUAUUUUUUACAUAACUCUGCAACAGAGAGAACUUCCCCUUGCAGACACUCUUGCAAUGUUUCAACUGCUUAGCUGAAACACUGCACAUACAGACUCCUACCACCAUGAUCAUUUCAAAUCGCAGAAGUGAUAUUGGUGGUUGGAGUAACCCACUAAGGCCUUUUACUGAAAUGUUGUAUGCCAACUCUGUUUAACACGUGGAUUCUAUACAAUUGCUGCUACUUAGGAGGUAUCGGUCCUCCAUCAUGGUGUAAUGGUGCAGUGAGAUGUGUGGAUGUGAAAAGGUGUAUGACUGUAUGCUGUUGUCUGUCUAAGACCACUGUGUUCAUUGCUGACAUAGAAUGGAUUGGUAGAAUCCAGUCUGUGGUGGCUCUCUGACAAUUUGUAAUACAACUGCACUGAUUAGAUAGACAGACUAGAAACAAUCAAUCAGUCUGUCUUUAUAAUCUCUCAAUAAUUCUGUUCUUUUUUUUCCACUUAUACUGGCUCCCAUUUAUUAUCCAUGUCAUGCUUUUGGAAAAUCUAUAUUAUAUUGUAUAUGCUGCCAUUUGUCUAGGGUGGGCACAGUCAAUUUUUUAACUUGCUAUCCUUGAUAGACUCUCUAGAUGGCUUCCUGUUGUCUGGAUUUUAGAUUUUUGCAUUACGCUGAAGGAGUAAUGAAUGAUGUGCACUCGGCUUACUAUUUGCUGAGCAGCUAUUGGUUUCCACAGGUUAAAUGCACAGUUAAUUUUGAUGCGAGUUAUAGAGUUGAGCCUCACAUUGGAAUGCCAACAGUUCAAUAUUUUGGGAAUGCUGAAUGUAAUUGUGUUUUAUGAGUUUUUCUAUGCUAUUGCCUCUUGGGUCCUUUCAUGGGACCACUAUAUUAAGUGGUUAAGCUUUUUAUUUUAUUUUCUGGAUAUCUAAAUAUAUUGGAACUAAGUUGACUAUAUCCACAACAAUGGGUUUGUGUAAAAAUAUAUAAUACGUGUAUUAUUUUUUUUUCUUAAAAUGGUUAUACUGAGAAUAUUUCUAAAAAAAUAUCUGACUCGUUUAGGCAAUAAGCCCUUUAAAUCCAAAUUGCAUCCUGAUCUCAUGUAUAGCACACUUACUUGCGCAUGCUUAUUAAUCUGUUCUGUCUACCCUUUUAGGUAUGGUGUGAACAUGCGUUGCUUGGCAGCUCGGGUCAACUACAAGACGCUUAUCUUUAUCUGCUCUCUCUUCACAUUGGUGACAGUCUUACUUUGGAACAGAUGCUCCUCAAAUGACCACACAUCCAGCCUACCAUGGGGCCCUCAGGAAAUCUUCCGAGCAGAUAGCUUAGAGAAAAGGGCAGUGGCUUCAGAGAGUAAUGCUGCCAAGGGACUGCCUCGCUCUGAGGAGGCUUCACCACAAGAGCAGCAAAAGGCUCCACCACUAGUGGAGAGCAAAUUGACUAAACCAAAAUAUGAAGAUUUAGACUGUGUGAUCAAUGAGGAUCAGGUUGUGCGAUGCCGGAGAGAGGGGAGUGAGGUGUACAUGCCUUUUUCCUGGGUAGAAAAAUACUUUGAAGUCUAUGGCAAAAUAUCCCAGUAUGAUGGCUUUGAUCGUUUUGAGUUUUCCCACAGUUACUCCAAAGUGUAUGCCCAACGUGGACCAUACCAUCCUGACGGCGUCUUCAUGUCUUUUGAAGGAUAUAACGUUGAGGUCAGAGACAGAGUAAAAUGCAUCAGUGGAGUAGAAGGUAUGGGUCAUAGAAAUUGCCAAUACAGAAAAGAAAAAAUGUAUAGACUGUAUAACUUGCAUUUUUUGUCAUUAUUAUUUUCAUUUUGCAUAAAUAGCUCAUUAAACUAUAUUUUUGGAUUAUACAAAUGAGUUUUACAUUUCUCAUAACAGGUAUCAUUUGGUGCUAAUACAAACAAGUUUUUUCUUUUUUCUUUUCUAACUCUUGAGCAGCCACAUGUAGAUCCUUAAAUAUAGAGGAACAACCUAGGAGACCACUCUCGUGGAUAGUGACCACUAGGUUAAAAUCCCAGUCCAAUCUAGAAAAAGGUCUUAAAAGAAAAUAACAAAAACUAAUACUGAAAAUACUGAUGUAAACCAUAGAGUAUAACCUGGUAGACCAAAGGCAACAGUUAGGAGAGGUGCUAGAUGCCUAGAUAAUACAUACUAUAUCUGGUCAGAAAAGUAUAUGGUAUUAGCAAAAUAGGAUAAAUAAGCAAUAAUGAAUGAUAGCCUGAUCCUACCUAAUUGCUGUUACCGGCUAAUGGAAGCAAAACCCAAGCCUGGCUUAAAAUAGUCUAGUAUAGAAAGACAAAAGUCCAAUAGUAGGUAGAAAGGGCAGCAAACAAUCACUAAACACUGGGAACAGCUACAGAGUUGUAAAAGGAGAAAAGGGUAUGACAAGGAUAGCAGUAAAUAAGUAACUACUAUAUUGACAAAAUCAAUAAUAUAAGUUUGACCAUGCACUUAUACAUGGUCAAACACAGGCCGUCUUUAAUAUCGAUUGGACCCUGGGCAAGCAUUUGCUUGGGCCCCCUGGACCCUGCCCUCUUCCCCACUCAUAAUCCCCAGCUCCCUGGCGUGCAAUCACGGCCUCCACCCCAUCCUGGUGAUGGAACUAAUGUAGAGAGGGCCUGGUUCAAAAAAUAGUUUUUGGAUCUCCCCUCUAGCACAAGAGUGGAGAAAAUAUAGAUCCCCAUGCCAGCUGGGGAUCUACCAUUUGGCCAUUCCUGUAGGGUUGUAUUUGUGAGCAGUGUUUGUGAAUUUGAAUGCAUGUUUUUGUAUAGAGUAUGUGUGUGCAUGAAGGGUUGUAUUUGUGUGUACUGUUACCAUUGGAAUGCAGUGGUGUACUUGCAUUUGAAUAUAGGGGUGUGUGUUUGUAUGUAGUGUUGGCUAUUAAAUGCAGGUGUACUUUUGUGUGUAGAGAUGGUGUUUGUAUAUAAUUUUAGCGUUUUAAUAAAGGGGUGUGUUUGGAUGUAGUGUUGUCUUUUAAAUGCAGAUGUACAUUUGUGUGUAGUAUUGGUGUGAGUGAAGGGUUUGUUUGUAUACAAUUUUGGAGUUUGAUUUUAGUGGUUUCUAUAUAAUGAUUGUGUUUGCAGCGGUGUGUUUGAUUGCCUGGAUGUAUGCACAUACAUACUAACACAGAUAUACAUACACAAACAUAAUGAUACAUGUGCAUACCUGGACACAAGCAUACAACUUGACACACAAAUACACAUACUAACACAAGCACACUGGCAUAUACACACACACACACACACACACACACACAAACACACACACUCUAACAGAUACAGACACUGGUGCACAAGCACAGAUACAUAAACUGGCACAUCCACAGAGAUACACACUGACACCGAUAUGUACUCAGAUACACACAGGUACACAUGCAGGGGUGUAUUUGUGUAAGUGUGCAUCUGUGUGUAUGUGGCAAUGCAUAUAUCCCAGAAUUCCAACGCCAACACUGCACACAAACACUUAGAUACACACAGACACACAUGCAGUGGUGCAUUUAUGCGCAAUGUUGUUGGAACGCAGUAGUGUAUUUGUGUGCAGUGUUAGCAUAUGUGUGUGCAGUGUUGGCAUUGGAAUGCUGUGAUUAAUGCAUUGCCACACGCAUAGAUACACACUUACACAUACUGACGUGUGUGUGUGUGUGUGUGUGUAUAUAUGUGUAUAUAUAUAUAUAUAUAUAUAUAUAUAUAUGUGUGUGUAUGUAUGUGUGUGUAUACAUAUAAUAUACUUGCACACACAUAGGUACACAUUGACACACAAGUACACAUACACAGGUAUACAGAUGCACAGACACAUAUAGCCAGAUACACACGAUACACACAUCACAGCCAGGUACACACACUCACAGCCAUGUACACACACUGACAUACACAAAGCCAGACAUCCACCGUCAGAUGCAAACAUAUAUAGCCAGAUGCACUGACUCAGACCCAGGUACACACAUAUAUCAAUUUACAUCAUAUUUUAGACACCCUCCUAUCUCCUUACCUUUUGGGUACAGAAGGUUGGCUUUACUGGGGUCCAGUGGGAGAUGGAUGGCCAAGGCUGAUGGGAGUCUGACUUCCUCAGUCUCUUUCUUCCUCCUGUGUAUGCCUCCUCCACUUCCUCCCAGCAGGCAACAUGAAAGGGACCCAGGCUGGAGCACUCUUAAAGAGUCAGGCCCCUGAUUACAUCAGGUAUCGCAGAGCACAGGGUUUGGAUGCUGGCAGGGGGCCCAUGGGGCAGCUACCUGGGCCCGGGGCAGCUGCCCCUUUUGCCCCCCUUUUAAAGACGGCCCUGGUCAAACACUUAGGAGAUGGCGGUAUGCAUCAACAGACCGAUAGCAGCUGUGAUAUAACAAUGGGUGAAGGUGAGUUUGAAUAAGAUUGGAUACGGCUGAACUUGCAGUGGAGAUUAGUGUGAGACAGAAGGUGAGCAAUUAUUGAGAGUUACAGUGAGUUUGUGGAAAGGGUUAAAGCUCGGCCUGUAAAAGGUCUAUGAGGGACAAAUUUUAAUUCACGGCUUUGACUAUAUGUUCUGGACAUGGUAUUUCGGGCAUUAAGCAGCCCAUCGCUGAACAUGCUGUGACUGUCAUUGGAGAACCAUGGGUUGUUUACCAAAACCAAUGAACAUUUCUUGAUGAUGCUAACUGAGCAUUAAGUGAAGCAGCCAUGAUGCUUUAUCUCACAGUAGCACUGCAGAUGCUUUUGCAAUGAAAGUGUUAAUGUCUCCAGAAGCUAGAGUCAUUGUUUUCGGUUCAAGGACACUAGUGAAUUCUAAAGGGAAUAUGCAGGGGCCAGUAAGAGGUAGUCCAUACCACAUUAGAUUGACAUUUAAUGCUGAAAUAGACUGGGCAUCCAGCAUUAGGGUGCUUGUCAGCCACAGUGGCUCUGUGUAAAUGAUCUUAAUGUGAGCGCAAAAUAAAGACCAAAUCCCUUUUUAAUUUGACAGCAAAUGAAUUUAUCCAGUUGGAGCAGGGGUCAUGGAAUCCUGUUAGGUUAGUGUACCACAUCAUAGCCAAGUGUUUUGACUGCUAUGUCAAGACAUAUUGGGUUUACAAGCAACUAUCCUUCUGCAUUGUAAACCAUAUUUUCUGUCUGAGAUAUUUGGUUUUGUGCAGGAUAGGUAGAUAUUUAGCAGCAGGUUUUUUUUUUUUUUUUUUGGUAUGUUGGAAUCUGACAAAAUACAUUUGCACUCCUCACUGUGUGCACUGGUGCCUUAUUAAUAGUAUCCAAAGAGGUGUGAUAUGGACAUGUAAUGUGCCUGACUCCCCGCAGGCUUAAUUUGAGAUAAGUGAACUGAACGGUGAGUGCAUUUACAUGGAAAUAUACUUUCUCUUGUGCUCUACCUAUCUGACUGCUUGUGUAUAAUCGGGCCCUCUGCUGCUUUUGAAGGAUCAUUCUGGGUUGUCAGUCCAGUUUGAUCUCUUUGAUAUAGGCACCUAUCAACAAUUCAAAUAAUAGUUAAUUGAAUACUCCUGGGACUGAAUCGCAUACAUUAUAUUACAAGGCAGGGGUGUCAUUUGUUCUCUCUCCUAUUUGUACCUUGUUCAUUGAUUUAACUUUUUCUCACCUUAUACAGUUUCUUAAUGAGAUACAGUUUACCAUUUACAUUUGAAUGCUCAUUCACUUUCUGUAAUAAGACAAACAUACUUUUUGUUAUGUGUUGAUAUCCAUUGCUUAUUAUAUUCUACUGGUAGAUGAUGUAAAUUGUCUUUUCUUUAUUUCCCAUUCAGUCACAAUAACAUUAGGUCUGUUUGUAGCAGUACAGCUUGCUUUUUCUAAUGUAUUUUAGCAUGUACUGCAUUCACCCGGUCUAACUUUCAAAGGAUUCAAAUUAAUAUUUUCGAUUUUGUUUUGUAUUGUCAAAAUGACAAUAAAUAUUGAUCAUAAUUCGCUCGUGCACACACACACACACACACACACACACACAAAAAACUGAUGACAAAUUAUUAACAAAGCAACAUACAUUUAAAAAUGUGUGUAUAAUUUGUAUUUUGACAAAUAUACAGUAAUAAGUAGAUCUUGUACAAUAGAUGUAAGAAAUGAUUGGGUGUCUCUGGACCCUGACACUAUGCAAAAGUCAGCCACUAGCUGCGAAAAUGAGUAAGUGGUGAAAUACACAUAUUAUUAAGAUUAUUAUUGUUUGUCAAUACACAAGUAAAAUCCAUAUCCUGGAUUUGUAUGUGAAUAAGGCUAGGACUGUGAUGUAUGUGUAGCUGCUGAUAUGUUGUAUUUUAUAUGCCUUGUUUAUAUUUUUCUUAGGGGUUCCGCUAUCCACCCAGUGGGGUCCACAGGGAUACUUCUACCCAAUCCAAAUUGCCCAGUAUGGUUUGAGUCACUACAGCAAGAAUUUAACAGAGAAGCCACCACACGUGGAGGUGUACGAAAAAGCCGAUGAGAAAAGUGGAGGUGUAACUGGUGAUUGGAAUCUUCCGAAAGGGGCAUCUGUUACCACUGUGUAUGACAAGACCAGAUAUAGCCAUGUAAAGCAUUUUGUAGUUCCAGGUUAGUAAUAAUCUUGCUAGACAAAUUACUACUAUAGCUGCCAAGUUAUGCAUAGAUCUUAGCUCCACUACGUUCCUACCUAAAUUAUGUAAAUGCAUUUCUGUAGACUGAGGAUUUGACAGAUAAUUCCCAUUGAAAUUGUAGUCCAUCUUAAACCGUGCUUUUUAAAGACCAGGAUUUUUAUUUUUUUCACUAACUGUAAGCGAACAUAAUAUACCUACAGGAUAAUUCCAGCACAUUAUUAAGAUCGAGAAAGUUCUGAUGUAAUCUAAAUAAAUAAUUAGCAGGUAGAUCUAAUUAUCAAAAUGUUCUGAAAUUAUAAGUAAUAAGCAUUUUUUAUAACAUUCUUAAUUUUAACUGCAGACCUAGAGCCAGCUAUUUUGAAAGAAAGCACAGCACUUGUUUUGAGAACAAGCUCAUACUGUGCAGAAUGUUUGGAGCAUGGAAAUAUGAAAUGCAUUUAGCACUUAGCUGUGAACAUUCUCCACUAAAGAAAUAGCUCUCCCUUACUCAGAGCUUUCUGUCCAUUGACAUUACCCCUGCUCCUUGUCUGGCGCAGAUCAGGAUGGAGCUUCCUGAUUGGUUGGUGACAAACCAAUUUAGAAAAUGUGCGAUGAGAAUCUCUCAUACAUUAAUUAGAAGAGUGGGGGAGCCUACUCUCCAACUUUAUCCUCCAAGGGCUUAUCUAGAGGUGACUUCAUUGUCUACUGAAGUGAUUGACUCGUUAAUCCUAAUGGGUAUUGAUUGCCAGAACUACAGUACAUUAAAGGCUUGUUAAAGUGGCAGUAGAGGAAAGUGUGAAUUAGUGAAUGGCUCUUGCUAGUGCUACAAAGAGGAGCUGGAGGGGAAGAAGUAUUCUCUAAAGUGUGGAAGCACUCAGUACAAGGUUGUGGUUUUUAUCACUUGCAAUUUAGCUGCUAGCAGUCUACUUCUUGUUAUGAAGUGAAUCCUCUGCUAGGGGCCAGUGACCAUUUCAGCUUAGGCAUUCUAUAAACAGAGGAAUAAUAGAGGUAUGAGAGAACCCCCUUUCCAAUUUUCAUACAUUCAUUGGCACGAUUAUUGUUUUCUUUCCAUACAUUGUUUUUAAACCUUUUUCCUGACAGAUUUGUAUUCCUCUAACCAACUGUAUUAAGGCUAGCUGUAAUUAACUCUUUAAUUGGCUUGAUGACAUAGUAGUGCUUAAACCCUCAGGGACAUCUAUAGAUAAAGAAGAAAAACUGCCACAUGUGCACUGGUUGCAAAAUGUCUGAUCUUAUUAUUCUAUGUUCUAUUAUUUAUUUUUAAGAGACAAGCACUCUGAAGGGUUACUCCACAUACAGUGAGCACUUCAGUGAUUUGAAAUGAUCAUUUUGUCUGGAGUCUGUAUGUGCAUAAUUUUUUUUCUUUGAAACUCUGCGCAUACUGAGAAUGACCCCUGUGCUGCUGGAUGUUUAACACUACCUCCUGACUCAUCAUUGGGGUGUCAUAAGCUGGCUAAUGGCUGUUCUGUGCAUUCAAUGCACAGCCUCUUAUUCAUUGUCUGAGAGCUGUCAUGCAAUCGGUAAGCUGCAUAAAUGACAUCCAGCAUCUGCGGGCUGUAGUGGUUAUGGUGGUUAAAGUAACCCUUUAAUAUUAUGUAGUUUGUCUAAUUUUAAUAUACUUUGUUGCUAACCAUAUUGCUUUUUUUCUUCUUCUUUUCUUAUUCCAGAUAAUUCAGAGGGUGCAUCACUGACACUGGGAAACACUAAAGACUUUAUUUUGUCUCUUGACCUUAAAUUCUUGACUAAUGGCAGCAUCUCAGUGGUGCUUGAGACCACAGAGAAGAACCAGAUUUUCACUAUACACUACAUCACAAACACACAGCUCAUUACUUUCCAUAACCACGAUGUCUUUUAUGGGGUGGGAUCCCGACUGACCUGGAGCACACUGACUCGUGAUCUAGUCACAGAUCUGAAAAAGGGGGUGGGUUUGUCAAACACAAAGGCUGUACGACAAACAAAGAUCAUGCCGAAGAAGGUUGUUCGGAUUGUGGUGAAGGGCAACGGGUUUCUUGACAACAUUACGAUUUCAACAACCGCCCACACAGCUGCUUUCUUUUCUGCUAGUGAUUGGCUGGUAAGGAAUCAGGAUGCCAAGGGUGGCUGGCCAAUAAUGGUCACUCGCAAGUUAGGCGAGGGGUUCAAGGCAUUGGAACCAGGAUGGUACUCUGCUAUGGCCCAGGGGCAAGCCAUAUCUACACUGGUUCGUGCAUACUUGUUGACCAAGGAGCAGCGAUACCUUGAGUCUGCACUCAAAGCGACUGCUCCAUUCAAGCUAAAUUCUGAAAAACAUGGGGUGAAAGCUGUGUUCAUGAACAAGUAUGAUUGGUAUGAGGAAUACCCUACCACUCCCAGCUCUUUUGUGUUGAAUGGCUUCAUCUAUGCCUUGCUUGGUCUAUAUGAUCUAAAGGAGACUGCGGAAGAAAAGCAGGGAAAAGAGGCAAGUCUGCUGUUUGAAAGGGGGAUGGAAUCCCUGCGUGCUAUGUUGCCUCUUUAUGACACUGGAUCUGGGAGCAUUUAUGAUUUGAGACACUUUAUGCUGGGGACUGCUCCAAAUCUUGCCCGCUGGGACUAUCACACCACCCACAUUAACCAACUUCAACUCCUUGCUAGUGUGGAUGGCUCUCCAAUCUUUAAAGACUUUGCCCGACGUUGGAAGACCUAUCUGAAGGGAGGCAGAGCAAAGCACAACUAAGACGAGCAUCUGAAAAAUAGCCAGAAACCAAAAGCUGCCAGGGUCUGUCCUUUUCUCUCUGGUGUCUGUCAUGCCUGAGGUUCUCAAAUUCUCAUUUAGCUCAAGGUGUGUUAAACAUACUAGUGUUUAUAUUUAAUAUUAGUUCGACUUUGGAAAGUGUGAAAGUGGUUGAAGGAUUUAUAGAAGUGUUCCAAAGAGUUGGCUAGAUUUUCUCAUCACUGGUCCCAAGUUGAUGUAAAUGUCAUUGAAAGAGCGUUGGAGGUCUCACAAUUUUACGAUAAAAACUGCAGUCCAGUUUGGUCUUGUAAUGGGACAAAAGCUUUUAGUAGUUUUUUUGUUUGUUUUUUAAAUUGUUUUCAGGUGCAGAUAUACUGUGUUGACAAUCAAUAGUAUGUAGUGAAUGAAAAUGUUUCAGUGACACUUUGGAACAAGAUACAUAUUAAAUACACCUUCUCUUUGGGAAUUCUUUCCAUAUUCUAACUAAUAUUAAGAGCAGAAUACUAGGAAUCCUGUCUAAUGCACUUUAAUUCUUCCUACUCUGAUAGGAUUCCUGAUACAAAAUGUCUCCCGGAUUCCAAAGAUUCUGCCCAAUAUGUGUACGCUCCCCUAGCUGCUGUGUUUCCCUCUACACAAGGAAGCAUAUCACCCAAGAUCAAAAGAAAAAUACUUAGUUUUAUAUCUGCCGAGAGCAAGAAAGACAAUUUUUACAGAAAAUAUUUAUUAAAAUAUGUUUAUGAGAGACAAUACCUGUAGGUGUUUCCCCGAACCAUUGCAAUCACUGCUUCUCUGUAGAUUUACUCAAGAAAGGUCUCUGCUGAACACUGUGAGAACUGUGCUGAUACACAUACAGUUUAUUACUGUGCAGAGAGUGAAAUUUUCUUUUAAACAAUUUCCUAUUACUUUGGGCAUGUUACAUACACUGCAAAGUUUAUUUUGUUUUUAUAUCAAUGUUUUAUGGCACCAAACAAAUUUUGGGCUGCCUUGUGUUUUCCUCCCUUCACAUGUAACUGCUUUCAUUUUAUUAAUCUCAAAUUUCAGUUCUGGUAUUUUAUUUGUGUGACAAAGCAAGUUGUAGUCGUUGGUCCGUGAUGUACCUUCCACCUCUUACUGCAGUUGGAGAUUGGUUGUCCACAAAUCCCAGGGUGCUAAGGGUAGCCGUUGGCUUUAGAGCGUUAAUUUACUAUAUUGCACUUUGGAAUGAACUUGCUAGACUGGGAAUACUGAAUAAUUAAUAAGAAGAGACAUUAUCUUCAGGCACUCAUAGUCCAUAUAGGAACCCCAAUGUGUUCCAGCUAACCAAAGCUGGUGCCACCUUGGUCCAAUGCUUGACUUAAAGGGUACCUGUCAUAACAAAUGCAACUUAAUCUUAAAUGUUAUAAAAUCACAUUUCAACAGAUAGCUAGCAAAGUACAAGCUUUAAACAGCCUUGUGUCUGUCAAUGUAAUCUGUUCCAAUUGGCACAGAGAUUAGAAGGCUGUGAUCUGUAUGUUAUCUUAAAGUGCUGGGGACUUUUCUGUGCUUCCUAAACAUGGGAAUGCAGGAGAUGUCUGUCAUUCAGAAAGUAACACCCACUGAAACAUGAUUGGUGGUCUCAGUAGGAGAAAGAGGUAAUGUAAAUAAAUUAAAAUAUGAGCUUCCAAUAGUAUUGGGAGUGGUGACCAGUGGUGGGGGGCAUUCCUGAUGCCAGAAAAUGUGCUUUAGUGAUUAUGAUGUUUGGAGUGUUCAUUUAAGGACAAGAGAUUACUCGUAUCACUUUUUAUUAUAACUGACUUGCCAUUAGUACUUAAAGGGACACAAUAUGCAGGAAGUGACAUCACUCAUUAAUCGUGCAUUAAAAAUUAUGCAAACAAUUAGAAUACAAAGGGGAAAUUCCCAUAAAGUUCCUAAAACCGCAUCUUUUCUUGGAGGGAGUAAAUUGUUAGGACUGUUAAGAAUUAUGUCUAAUUAUAUGUAUGAAUUCUGUGCAAGCUAUACCCAGUUUCCAAUUAUACCAGAGGGUCUAGAAUGAAUCCCUACCCCCAAUAAUAAGAGAUGUGUAACAAAUGAAGACAUUCCAGCAGUGGCUACCGCCAGAGGACUGUAUAGAAGGUAGAGAUGCUGGCCAUUUUUAAAUUAUUUUAUUUAUAUAUAUAUAUAUAUAUUUUUAUUUUUUUUUAAAGUCUGUUAUAAGCUCUGCAGUGUAUGGUACAUUGGGGGAAAUAAACAGUCUGCCUUAAACAUUUCACACUCACGCAUAGGCAUUGUAACAGGCAGAGGCCUAGGUUUACAAUGUACUGAAGCAGAGUAUAGGAUCAUAUGGCAGACAGAUGGCGGUUUCAAUAUGUGCUGUUUCACAUUCAAUCUACGUACAUGUGGGGGAUACACCAUGUGUUUGUGAGUGUGUGCGUAUACAUCUAGUGCUGUGCACACACUCAUAUAUAUGCAAUCCUUUGUUUACUGGAUCCCUUUGUGGUGAGGUGGUCCUAUAAUACUCUGUAUAGACUUUGCAUUUUAAGCACAAUGUGCCCAUGAUGAUUUUAUACACCUUGAGAUUUUUUGCAGAAAAUAAGAGGUCCUGUUCCUAUGUUUAUAUAUAAGGGAGACAGAUCAGUGUCAUGCUUCAUGUAAGCUGCUUUAUAAUAUUGUAAAAUAAAGUUUUUAUCUUCUGAGACAAAA